AUGCGGAGAUGCCUCUGGGCGCGUGCAGAGUUCCUGCCUGCGCCCCUGGAUAGAAGCGGGGAGGAGAAGGGGCCAGAGCGGCGAGCAGCCGGCAAUCCCAGCACCUUCCCCGACCCGCGGGGCGAAGGGGCGGGCGCUGUGCGGCUCCGCCUCCUCCUCUUCUCCCGGGCCUUCCCUCCGCCAGCGCCGGCCUCCUCUUCCUCCUCCCUCUCGCCUGACGGCCGCGGCGGCUGCAAAAGGCAUUUCCCUUUUUUAUUUUUUCAGCAGCCGCAAGUGAGGUGAGUCGCAGCCCCGCCAGCCCCCUCCCCCCGCGGGCCCCUCCGGCGCCCCCCUCCCGCCUCCCCGGGGGAGACCAGCCGGCCCCCUCGGCCGCCUCUCCCCCCCGGGGGUGUCGGUGGGGCGCUGGCACGAGGGGGCGCGAGGAGAGCGGCGGGGGGAGGCUGCCUUCAGUCUGGGGCAGGGAGGGGGCGCCUCCUUUGUGAGCCAUCCUUUUCCCCCCACCUCAGAGUCUCUUUUUGCGCCAGUGGGGGUUGCAAAGAGAAAAGGGGGUUGCUUCCCUCCCCCAUUUAUCAACAGCCUCCUUUUUAUUCCUGGGCUUUAUUAUGAAGGGAAGGGGCAUGUAGAGGAAUCGAAAGAGACCCUGCCGCCCCACAGCCGCCCCAGAUAACACUGUUUCUUCAAGGGGGGAGAGAGAAGAUGGUCAACCCUCUGGCCCUCCCCACGAGGGGGGGGGAUAGGUUUGAGAGUCUCCCCACCAACACUAUGGAAAAAAACCCCAUAGUAGCUGGGGUUGAGUGAGGGUUUAUUUUGUUUUGUUUUAAGGGAUUGGGGGGGUGUUUUCUUAAGAAAUUCUGUUGCUGAAGAGGGGUUGGGUGCCCCUUUCUCUCCAAGCUCUGAAUCUGGGGGCCGUAGGGUCCAGGAUUUUGCUUUCCCCACAGCAUGAAGGGAGGUACACAAAUUAAUAGAUGAUAAUGAUAACAACAACAAGUUGGGGUUUUUUUCUGGACGGGAUGGGGGUGACAGGAGUUCAGCCCCAAGGGCAGGUAGUUGGUUUCAUAAUUGGGAGAGCUUUAAUAGUGCCUAAGGGUAGUGAGCUAUAAUAUGCAUUCAUGCUGAGCCCUAUGGAGUAUUAUUUGGUAGGGUGGGGGAGUUUGGGUGGGCUCUGAGGGUGUGUGUCAGGAGUGAGUUGGGGGACAUUUUGGGGUGUCUUUCUUGUAUCUCAUGGGCAGGCAGGUUAUUUAGCUCUGUGUAUGUGUGUUUGGCUGUGGCUGUUUUGAGGAAGGUAACAGCCCACAGUGGCUGAGUUCUCUCUAUUUGGUGGGGUCUUCCUGGCUUGCCUGUGCGUAUGUACAUUUUUUGUUGCAGAGUUUCUAUGCCAGGUUGACAUUCUUACAUAUGCUGGUGCGGAGGGGGAUUUUUUGGACCCUCUGAUCACUCCUCUCCCUGGGUAAAUAGUUUUUGCUGAGAAAGAGGAGACCCGAUGCCUAUGAAAAUUUGUGAGGAGUGGACCAGAGCCAGGUGUCCUCAGGCCUUUGGGAGAGCACAUUUGUUUUCUGGUUCUUCUUGCUAGCUUCCCAUUAGUUCAUAUGGUUGGCAGCUGCAAGAACAGGAUGCUGGAGUAUGAUGGGCUUUUGGCUUGAACCAGUAUUUCAUGGAGGGGUAAUUGUCUCCCACAUUGCCUACUCUGGAUAACUCUCUCCCUCUGUGUGUGCUGAAGGGGGGGAAGUCCCCAUUACUGAGUCCUCUUGGCUGUUGACCCCACUAUGAGGAUUCUUUGGCUGGGGAGAGGUGGAUGGUUGUCCCAGGGUUUCCUGCUAUAAGGGAGAGAGCCUGAAGCCUUUUAAGUUAGCCUUUGCCACUCUGGUGCCCUCGAGAUGUUUUAGACCAGGCAUAGGCAAACUCCAGCCCUCCAGAUGUUUGGGACUACAAUUCCCAUCAUCCCUAGCUAACAGGACCAGUGGUCAGGGAUCAUGGUUGUAGUCCCAAACAUCUGGAGGGCCGGAGUUUGCCAAUGCCUGUUUUAGACCACAACUCUAAUCAGUUAGCCUCAAGCGUGAGAAGGGAGAUUGACCUUAAGGAGAGUGGCAAGGCCUUUUGGCUUUUGCACAUUGAGUAUCUUAGGAACAGUAGGAGUAUUCAGAAAGCCCUCUCCAUUUCCACCUGCAUAAGGCACUCACUGUGGGGUUGGGGAGAGUCAGGAGGGUUAUCCUAAGAAUUGGUUGUGAGGAAAUUAUUAUACAGUGGUACCUCAGGUUAAGUACUUAAUUCGUUCCGGAGGUCCGUACUUAACCUGAAACUGUUCUUAAUCUGAAGCACCACUUUAGCUAAUGGGGCCUCCUGCUGCUGCCGUGCUGCCGGAGCACGAUUUCUGUUCUCAUCCUGAAGCAAAGUUCUUAACCUGAAGCACUAUUUCUGGGGUUGCAGAGUCUGUAACCUGAAGCGUAUGUAACCUGAAGCAUAUGUAACCUGAGGUACCACUGUAGCUCACUUGUUCCUGGCAGAAGGACAAGGCGAGGUAAAAACAGGCCAGAUUGCAAGCCUUUCAGUUCUCAAAGCACUUAUCCUGUAUAUAUCUGUUCUUGAAUAUGGAUGUAGCCUGAAAGUGAGCAAGUUCAGAGGGAGAGAUACACAGUCUAUGAUGGGGCCAAAGUAGCCUGAUCAAUCAAUGUUGGAGUAAUAUAAUUAGUGUGUGUUCUUAAAGCUUUGGAUGUUUACGGGAGUGGGAAAUCCUUCAAAACCUCUUGCACAGCAUAGGCAGAAGGGAGAUUAGAUUGUGUAUUGCUACUAAUUAAUAAUAACAUUAUUUAACAAUAACAAAAGGCCAGCCUUGAGGAUCAGCGGUUUCCUCAUCAAGAGUUUGAGCAACAAGGAGUGUUUACAUGUUGCUUUGGGUUAUGACCUUAGAUUAGAAGGAUGACACAUAAGCCUGGGUGUGUGUUCUCUCUCCCUGUUCAGGUCAAACUGCAGUAACGUUGUGACUCUGCUGUGUGAUUACUGGGCCGUUCCUCUGCCUGGGCCAAUGCUAGAUCUGGAAGUGGUUCCCGAGCGAUCUCUUGGGAAUGAACAAUGGGAAUUCACCUUGGGUAAGUAACUUUGUUGCCUUUGUCAGCAUCUUGUUUAUAAUGAGAAGUGAUGGGUAUAUUGGGACAAAGGGACAUUCCCUCCAGUGUUGUUCUGAGAGUUAAAUUUAGGCGAGUAUAAACCUCUAACAUGUUGGAAGCAUUUGAUGUUAAUUUCAAGGAAGGAAUUAUUUUGAGAGACAUUCUGAACAUUACACUGAAUGUGGGUAAUAUCCUGGGCUGUACAGCUUCUUCCUCAUAUAGAAAGCUCUGAACAUGGUAAAUUAGCACCCCAAGAAAGAACACUAUGCUAAAUUUUUCUUCACUGAGGUGCUAAUGCCACUUACUACAUACUAGCUUACUACAUGUAAGGAUUUUACUGUAUUAGGAGUAUUAAAAAUAGGGCUUCGCACCUGAAGUCUUCGAAAGAGAUUGUGUCCAGAAUUACCUUCCACAUUAUUUGUCAAAUGAGUUUACCCACAGAUGCUUCUGUGGCUGCCCUUAAACGGGUUCAUGUUUUGUUUAUGCUUUGCUUUGGCACUUCCUCCUCAAGUAAUUCUAGCAUGUUUAGCAACAGCCAUCAGGAGUCACAUGGUUAUUGCUCAGAACAGCAUUUAGCCUUGCUGGAAGCUGGGUGCGUGAAAGGUGCAGAGUAUUUUUCCAGACAAAGAUUUUUGCCCAUGAUACUAAUUUGAAUGAUGGUUUUAAAUGCUGUGAUGCUAUUUAGAAGAAUAAUUUAAAGAAGUUUUUAAAGUGAUUUGAGAGCAGGUAGUUGAAUAUGGAGUUGCCUCCAAUGAGAGAGAGAACUAAUUGAUGUGAUUUUUUAAUUAUUUGUUGUGACCUGCCUUAGAAACUUGUAUGGAAAGCAAUAAUCAAAUGUUUUGAAUUGAUUUAUUUUCUCGGAUCACUUACUCUGCAUCAGUCUAUGCUGCAUAGAGGACAGAGUGUUGGAUUUGGGUGCAGGAGAAAUGAGUUCAAAUUUCCCCAUGUCUGGGUGAUCUUAGGUUGGAAAAUAAUGACUGGUGCAGCUAGCCUCACAGGAUGGCUGUUUUCAGUGCUUUCCCCCCCUAAAAAAAUGUUUAGGGGCACUCUCAUUUUGACUCAAGAAAAUCACAAUUUUAUAGUUCAAAUCAGGGAAAAUAAAUAUAGUAAAUGGACAAAAGUACAAAGAUUCACAAAAUGUUUAGGGGUAUGCGUACCCCUGCAUCCCCCCAGAAAAGAAACACUGGCUUUUUUAAGGAUAACAUGGAAUAAUCCUGUGUACACCACCAUAAAGCUAUUUGGAGGAAAGGCAGAAGCAAAUGUAAUCAGUAGAACAAUCUAUAGAAUCAACUGAAGAAUCCUUUACACUAUUGUCUUGGUUUCUGUAGUAGAUUUGCAUUACCAGAGUUUCAUAUUAUACAGGAUGUUUUCCAACAGUGUACUGCGUCCAACAUCUGGUGAUAGUGGUAAUGAAAGCCUUAAAUGAAGGCAUGGUGCUGUUUUACUGAGCUCUGUAAAAAUUUGUUUCAGAACUAAUAUGAAAUGCCAAUAACCAUUUGUGUGUUUUUAGCUCCUUGUGUUGCUUCAGAUUAAUAGGGUUUUACUAGGAAUUUAAAACUUUGAGCAAACAAAGUUGAUAUGCUGAAGGAUGGCUGUAUGUUGUUGGGCCCACAGAUAAGUGUAUAAAUGUAAGCUGGCAUAUAGAUUAUGCAUAUGUGAGGCAGGUUACUGUGUAUAGUUUCUUCUUCUCCAGACAGCACACUUUUACGCACACACCCACUGUCACACACUCACUCACACCCAACCCAGUUGUACUACAUGGGGAAACCAGUCUCUGCAUGUUACUUGUGUUUAGUUAUCGUUUAUACACAAUUUUAAGACUGGGUGGGGGGGCAAAUUACACCUCAGUACUAGGGCUUGCCAAUUCGAAGGUCGGUGGUUCGAAUCCCCGUGAUGGGGUGAGCUCCCGUUGCUCGGUCCCAGCUCCUGCCAACUUUGCAGUUCGAAAGCACAUCAAAGUGCAAGUAGAUAAAUAGGUAUCGCUCCAGCAGGAAGGUAAAUGGUGUUUCCGUGUGCUGCUCUGGUUUCGCCAGAAGCGGCCUGGUCAUGCUGGCCACAUGACCCGGAAAAACUGUCUGCGGACAAACGUCAGCUCCCCCAGCCAGAGUUGUGCGCGACUGGACUUAACUGUCAGGGGUCCUUUACCAUUACCUUUUGCAUACUUCGCAGAGUAAUACCAGGUCUGAUUCCCAAAUAUUCCAGGCAUUCUGUGGUGAUGGGAUAUCAGGAGCUGAGAUCUCUGCAGUUUUUGGCCCAGAUCAGGAAUAAUGGUCUUGGUCCAAUAAACUAUGGUUUAUAGACCAAGAACGAGCAGGGUGCCCACAUUCUCCUCCUUUUUCUGAUGCAGUGUAAUGGAAAACUUCCAGGGUUUUUUAAACCACAGUUGCCUAUUACAGAGAAAGUGUGGUUUAAUCUCCAGCAGGAAACUGUGUUUUAAUAAAAGUAAGGAAAUUUUCCAUUACAGUGUGCAGUACAAGGGAGGGAGGAGAGUUGACAGCAUGUAGGAACUAUGCUUAUUCUUGGUCCAAUGAACUAUGAUUUAUUGGACAAAGCCUUUGUGUUUCAAAGCCAGUGCAUUGUUUGUUCCACAUCCUGAUGCUUAGAGGGAUUUUGGAGAGAUAGCAGCAAAUGGUUCGGGUAAGAAGAGGAGGAUUUGUAUACCAGCAGUACCAUCAGAGAAAAAAGGCUCCAUAUCUUCACAUUGUCCCUGUUCAGACAUCACACUAGACCACAGCUUAAAGCAUGACAUGAAUGAGCUUGGGUGAGCCUUGGGCUCACAUGCUCCCACCCCACUUUUCUACCUCCUAGAGUAGCUGUGAGUAGUUGGGAAGUUCUUGCUUCCAUUUUUGCUUACCUACACCUUGCUCUUUCAUUCAAAUAAUCAAACUGUAGAUAAUGCUAACAAUAGUUUGUUUGAAACAAGUUAUCUUGAAGCUUUUGUUUCAUAGUGAAGAUUAUGUGGGAUUGGCCUAUUUGAACAGGAAUAGUGUAUCCAGAAUUGAGUAGAUGGGGGGAGUAUUUUUAAGAUCUAUAGGGUUGUAGCAAAUGUUAGUUCCACUCAGAGUACUCCCGUUAAAAUUACGGGACCUAAGUUAAUCAUGCCCAUUAAUUUCAGUUGGUCUACUCGUAGUAGAACUAAUAUUGGCUAUAACCCAUUAUCUAGAUUUUUAUUCUAGUUACAAAACAUUCUUGGACUAAGGCUGCUUUGGGUGUUCAGAGAUGCAUGUUGUCAAACGUACACCGUAUGCAGAGGUUAUGCAUUUGUGCUUAGAUCUUAAUGUGAAAUGGUGGUUCUGGACCAGCUUUACUUGCUGGACAACUUUUUUUUAGUGGCAUCAUUAUAUUGUUGAAGUGUGUAUUUGGUACAGCUCGUUCCUUUCCUACUUCAACUCUUUAUGACCUUUGCAGGUCAUCACGUAGUUUUGUUAUUUGAAGUGAAUAAUUAUUUAUAUGUAUGUAAGAUAUAUCUAAUUCUGUAUGUACAUAGCUACCAGUUCCAGCUUGUUUAUCUUUGUUUGCUUUUCCUAAAAGCAAAUAAAUAAAUGAAAGAUGAUUGGCACUUGUCUGUUAUUGGGGCGCAUCAUUCUCUUAGUUGUCAUUAUCCUUUUAGAUAAUGUUCCAAAAUCCACAUUAGGGCAAUACAGUCAUACCUCGGGUUGAAGUAGUCUCGGGAUAAGUAUUUUCGGGUUGUGCACUGCAGCGACCUGGAAGUAAUGGAAGUAAUCGCACAUGCGCAGACGGUCAAAAUUACUUGAUGCGCAUGCGCAGAAGCGGCGAAUCACGACCUGCGGACGCGGGUUGCGUUCGCUUCUGGAUGCAAAUGGGGCUCCGGAAUGGAUCCUGCUCGCAUCCAGAGGUACCACUGUACUAAAAUAUCACAUAAUAGUAGUGUGCAAGCUUUUCAUGCCAUAAUUAGGUAUUGCCCUAGUGUGGAUUUUGGAUUAUUGUCUUAUGAGCCACUAUGACUGCCUUUGCUCUUUAGGUAAUGUUGGCUGAAAGAAUAUGAAUUCUUCAUCCUUUCAUCUCAUUACUUAGUAUGUUUGCUCACAAGCUGUUUUAGUGUAUCAACCUGUUUUUGGUUUUUGUUUCAUUUAAUUAUUGUCAUUGUUGAUGGAUCACUUUAGUUCUAAACCAGUUGCAGCCGCAUGUGAAAUCUUUCUAUUGUUGCAGCAUCUGCAGUGGACUAUUUUAUCAUGUUGCUACCUUGGCAGACAACUGCAAAUACAUUGCCGUCCAUCUCAAACAUUUUAGUAAUGUGGUGAUGAUGAUAAAUCCUUUCCGUGGAGCGAUGUUGUUCUGUGGCAUUCUAAAUGCUGGCAAUGAAUCUCCUCUGGGAUUCCCCAAGUAGCUAGUGGGACUGAUCCAUUAGCAGUUCUUCCUGAAUUCCUCUGGAGUAGCUGAUACUCCACUGGUUUUGAUCUCUGGCUUGUUGAGUAACCAAGAUGUAGCUAGAUCUGUGCCUGAACAUUCAUCUUAGGGUUACAUAUACCAGCGUUGCAGUUUCUGUAAGAUCAAACUUUCCUAAAACUAUGCCUCCUGCAAAUAGGAAAAUAUAGUUGCUUUUUCUUUUGGAGAAUCCAUGGUGCUCCAAAUUUCCAAUAAGCUUUCCAUUUGUAACUCUUGAAUUAAUUUCCAUCACUUGUGCCUUGUUAUGCAGCACUCCUUCUCACUUUAUUUGUGUUCCUGCUCCCUCAUAGUCCUUUACAAAACUGUAGAAUGAAUGCUGAAUAAUAAGAGGACUCAAAUUCAGACCAAUUGGUGGCCUAGAAGACACCUACCAUUCUUUUUCCUAUAUAUAUAUAUAUAUAUAUAUAUAUAUAUAUAUAUUUACAAAUAAAGAAGCAUUUAACAACUUUUCUAUAUAUUUUGCAUAUAAAAAUUAUACAGUUAUACAUUCUUUUCAAAUAAAUAUGAAUAAAUAUUUUUUGAAGAAUCCACUGUAGUAUGCCAAAAAUUAAUGAAGGUCUCCCAAUCCAUCUUUUUGAAUGAUUUGUUUAGAAAGCCAGUGUUGAGUGAUAAUCCCACACAUAUCUGUAGCACGGGAGGAAUGGAAUUCUCAACAGCCAGUUCCCAGCAGUGUUACUAGAAUCUGAACCCAGGACAGAGUAAUGUAGAAAGGUCUUGGUUCUUGGGGGUAGGGUGACUGGGGUCCCCACCCACUCAGAUGGUGCCUGAGCACAUUGCUUUAGUUUCUCCUGCAUAAAUGAAUGGUCCUUACUAUGAGGAAAGGACUCAUCACUGCACUUAGGAGGAGUGAUGUGAAGGCGAAACCUCACCUUCCACCUUUGGCUCUCAGGGAUGGAAAUCCCAACCAUGCACACCUCACUUGGCUCUCAGUCUAAGCAUCUUCGUUCCUCUUUUCGUAUUAUGGGUUUGAAAAAAUGAUAACAUUCCUUGGAUUAUUACACAGUCACUUGAUAAGCAAGAGAUAUUGAGCUGAAUGCGGAUAGGUUACCUAGCACUGUUAGAAUUCUGUUGCUAGAUCAGCUGGCAUGAGCUUAUUGACAAUUCGCACACAGCUGAAAAAGAAGAAAAACAUGCACAUGUUUGGGUGUCAUGGAGUCCCGAAUUUAUCAAGAAAUUUAUUUGCCCACUGAGAAGUAAUUGAAGGAUCAAUGUUGCAUCAAUUUUUUCUGUUUUUUAUAUUAUGUUUUUUACCUCAUAGAUCAGCCCUCUCCAACCAGGUGCUCUCUGGAUAUUUUGGACUAUAAUUCCCAUAAUCCCUGACCAUUGACUAUGGUGGUUGGAGCCGAUUGGAAACGUAGUCCAAAAUAUCUAGAGGGCCCCAGGUUAGAGUAGACUGUCAUAGACUUUUAAGCAAUUCAGCUCCAGAGAUGUUUGAAUGUUAAGAAGAGGGUUUAUUUUCAGAUUCACAGGAUACCUUAUCCAAAUAACUCAGAGCAGGUAAAUACAAGUGUACAUUGGUCACAUAAUAAUACUGUAACUCUAGAAAUUCUUCCUUUUCCUUACUCUCCUCUUUUCAACAAACUCAUUAUAAGCACUGAAGAUCUGGGAUGACUCUGCUGCCAAUAUAGUAGCAUCAUAGUAGCUUCUAGCUUCUGUGAUGUUAUGGGUGAUAUCCAACAUGAGUCAUACUCAAGAAUAAAGCCACUAAAAUCAGUGGCCUUAAGAAACUCAAGUCUGUUGAUUUCAUUGGUUUUGUGUGAGUACAAAUUAGUUGGAUAGCACCCUGCAUUUAAGUAUAUGUGUUUUGGCGUAAGUGUAUACCUAAAAUUGCAAAGUAUGAAUGCUUUAAGCAAAUGUUUGAAAACUCCUGUACCAGUACAACUUUCAGAGAACUGGUGAGGGUAUACUUGCUAGUAAUGUAUGAAAUGGUCCCAGUGAACUUUUUAUUAGAGGAAGAAGAAAGCUGUGAAUGUGUAGUUCAGACAUGCUUAUAAGUUUAAGAAAUGAGGGAUUGGAGUUAGCAAGUAAGGAUUCUGGGCAAAACGAAACAGAAUAAAUGUAUGGAUAUAAACAGGAUUACCAUCCUUACACGUACUGAAUACAGUGAAGGGAUGUAAAACUGUAUUUGAUUUAAUGUGUGAUUUCAUGUUCCCGUGUUAGCAAUGCUGUCUCAUGUCUAGCUUCUUAGAAAACAGUCUGGCAUAGUGGCUUAACAUGGCUGUUUCUGUUCUGGAAACACAGGUUUCUUCUAAUUUGACAAGAGACUAAGUUUAGUCACUGGCUGGAAAUGCUUGUGGUGUUCAACUUGUUGUUCUUGGCCACUGAGCCAGUACUGCCCCAUGUUGACCCUGUUGAGCAAACACAUUUUUGCCAACAUGGCUAAGUGGGAGCAACGUCUCUAACUCUUGUUGUUUUUCUCCUUGCAGGAAUGCCAUUGGCUCAGGCUGUAGCAAUUCUUCAGAAACACUGUCGUAUCAUAAAAAAUGUCCAGGUUCUCUACAGUGAACAGGUAAGUUGUGACCUAGUGUGCUUGUUUCAAAGUAUUCUGUAUGUUUAAUUGCACAGAAAGGAUGGGAGGAUAUGUAAAUAUUGUGUAAUGUCAUUGUGUUUGUUGCCUAGCCACAUGCCAUCCAGUCAUCCUUUACGGUUGCCACAUCCUGGAGGACAUGGCUUUCUAAAAAUAGCAUGCUUUUUCAGAUACACACACACACACACACACACACACACACACACGUAUACAUUUAAAAAAUAAUUGACAGUAUUUGUUUCUUGUCUAGACAUUUUCUUUUGUGACUUGAUGUUAUUGCAGCUUGCGGUUUUAAGUGACCGAUCAAAAUACAGCUUUUCACAAAAGCUGUAUUCCGCUGUAAGAGAGGGAGUUUACAGAAUUGAUGUGUUGGGAAAGAAAGGUUUCAAAGUCUCCCUCUUAAUCAGAAAGAGAUGGGAAAAGAUUAAAGAUACUCAUGCUGUUCUAGAAAUUGAACUGUUGAAAGCACCAUGAGUGGUUGUUGUGAUUGUUUUGGUUGCUGGUUUCUAUCCCUGACUGGACAGCCAACAGUAUUUGAAACUAGUCAAAAGCAAGUUUAGUCCUAAUGUUGAAAUAGGUAAGUGAAGUCUUGCUAUAAUAAGGAGGAGUGCCUCUGAAAUGCUACCCCUUCUCUCCAGUGUGCUCUAGAAAAUUCAGGCUAUAUUAUAGUAGUACUGUUGCUAUUGAAAUCAGACAGGCACCUGCAAUUGUGAUAUUUUGUCACCUGCUGAAAACUUCUGUUUAGCCAAGCAGCAUCAAAAAAUUAAUAUGAUUCAGUGUUGGUCAUGUGUUCUGUAUUUUAUGAUCUAAUAAUUUUAUGGUGUUUUAAUGCUUUUGUUGUACACUGCCAUAUUUUUAAUGAAAGAUUCUAAGUAAUAACUCAAAAUAAAAGCGGGUGCUGUAAUUUAAAGUUUAUAGAUAUUUUAAUUGUGCUGCUGUUGCAUUAAAAGUUCAGUUAGUGUUACAGUAAUCUGCUCUGUUAAUUCCUUCUAUUUUACUGGUCUGCAGCAAAAAAUCAGAACAGUAUAGUUCAUGAGCAUAUAAAUGUUGCACUUUUGCAUCUCAGUAAUUUUGUCUGGAAGGGAAAUGGCGAGAAUUAUGUGUGUUUGUGUGUACACACACACAUGCACACAGACAACUGCCCAUUGCUAAGUCUUGCUACAUGUACUGUCCUUUCUAUGAAGAAGCAGAUGAAAAUAGUUUAUAUUCUUAUUAUAGCCUCAGCCUUCAAUUUGUAUUAAAAUCCUCAAUAUUGGAGUGAUUUGUCUGGCCAGUGUAUAACAAUUACUAGCAUAAUUGUGAGUAAAUCCUGACCUUUUGGCUCUCUGCCAUGUACAUACUCUCUUAAUUAAAUGCAUCUGUUCUCUUUUACUCCAGGUUACAUGGAUUUAUGGCUUCCAUAAUGACUUUAUUUAUUUUGCAAAUGAGAAAAGCACCCUGUUGACAAUUAUUCAUGUGAUCUUAUUUAUUUAUUUAUUUAUUUUGUUUCAUUUAUUGUUUGUACUUACACACCCCACCCUUCACCAAAUGGUCCCAAGGCAGGUUACAAAAAUAUCACAAUUAUAAUAAGUGCAAUGUGCACUUAAAAUCAUUAAAACCACAAAAACAUCCAAUAUCAAAAUAAUAAAGCACAGAACAGUGCAUAACAAUGCAGGAGGAGGAAAGAAAGCCACUCCAGUCUUGGGUAAAGAGGCUGCUUGAAUUGUAGAAGUAAUUUGAAUGUCUCAAAUUUUAACAUAUUUUUGGGUAUCUGUUUGGUUCACCAGAGUUUUAUUGCACUAUAGUUAUAUGAAGUAGUUCUGAGUUUUAAAAUGAUUAUAACUUUUGAUCUUUGUGUAGUGAUCAUUCAUGUUAUGCAGCCUUGCCCGACUUCAUGCGCUUCAAUUGUGGCGCCUGGGGCUAAUGGGAGUAGUCAAAAACAGCUAGAGGGCACCAGAUUGGGGAAGGCUGAUGUAAUGUGUCUUUAAAUUGCAGCUUCUUGCUCUGGCUUAUAUUGCAUCUCAAAGGAAUUCGGUUCACUAUAACAUCCCCACUUUUCUGCCUGAUGCCAUAUGAGAAUGGAUUGGUUUAAAUCAGCAAGGGGGGAAGGCUCGUUUAAAUCAAGUUUCCCAUUGAUAUCACUACAUAUACUUCCCAAUAGUGGUGGAGAUCCAAAAUCUGCAAGUCUGCGAAUCUAUAAAUAUUCAUAUUUGAGAAAGAUCAAAUCUGGUUGAUCACUUUGAGAAUAAGACACUGAACUUGAUGGGCCAUUGGCCUGAUCCAGCAGGCUCUUCUUAUGUUCUUAUCAGAUUGGUCCUUCACUUACAUAUAAGUGACUUCUUUAACCCACUGCUUUAAGAGAGCAGUCCUUUAGCAAGAUCUGCCAGGGUGACUGGGACAAGGAUCAAGUGGAUCUCUGGCUCUGCUGGGAGGUUCCUGGUGCAGCCAAGCUAUGUUGGCAUGAUUUCGCAUCCGCGGCUCAGCUGAAAAUACACCAUUGCAUUUCCCCCACCCUGGUUGGCUGAGCCAAGCCUGGCGAAUUGUAAGCCAUGAAAAGGAGGCAUUGCAGGUGUGUGGUGGGGGCGGGGCCAGAGAAAUAGAAAUACAGAAAUAUUUCUUCAUAUUACUAUCCCCCCACUCCCUGGUAUUGUUACUCAUACCCAACAUGGUGGAAAUUCCAGACCUUCAAGAAUAAGAGUGUUAGUACCAAGGAUAUAACAUCAUUUGGAGUUUGUUGAUACAGUCAAAGCUUGAGAGUGGUUCUGAUGGUAUUUCCCCCCUCAAGAAGAGAUUGGAAGCAGGUGUCCCGUUGUGAGGACAAGCAAAAUAGCAGAGCAGGGUGAUGCCAUGUUGCUGCUGGUUUUAAAUAGGGUGCCUCCCAUUUACAGUGGUGCCUCGCAAGACGAAAUUAAUUCGUUCCGCAAGUCUCUUCGUCUUGCGAGUUUUUCGUCUUGCGAUGCACGGUUUCCCAUAGGAAUGCAUUGAAAAUCAAUUAAUGCGUUCCUAGGAAACCGCCUUCAGACCAGGUCCGGGGACAGUCUGUCCCCGGACCUCUUCUGAAGGCUGGGGGGGGCAAGGGCUUUUCUUCCCACCCCCAGCAUUUUAAAAAACCCCGGGACAGCGGAGGACUUCUCCGCUGUCCGGGCGAUCUUAAAAUGCUGGCGGGCGGCAUUUUAAAAUCACCCGGGACAGCGGAGGACUUCUCCGCUGUCCGGGGCAAUUUAAAGCCCCUGGGAAGGCAGGCAGGGGGACAAAGACUUUGCCCCCGCCAGCCUUCAGAAGAGGUCCUGGACCUCUUCUGAAGGCGGGCGGGGCGAAAGUCUUGCUCCCCGCCUUCAAAAGCCCUCCGGGACAGGCAGGCAGGGGAGCAAAGACUUUCGCCCCCGCCCGCCUUCAGAAGGUCUUCCCUCCCCCCGCCCGGCCCGGAGCACCGUUCCCGAAGCCGGGCGGCGGCGGAGGUGUUCCCUCCCCGCCCGGCCGGAGCACCGUUCCGAAGCCGGGCGGCGGGAGGUCUUCCCUCCCCACCGCCCGGCCGGAGCACCGUUCCGAAGCCGGGCAGGCGGAGGUCUUCCCUCCCCCCGCCCGGCCGGAGCACCGUUCCGAAGCCGGGCGGCGGCGGCAGGUGUUCCCUCCCCCCGCCCGGCCGGAGCACCGUUCCGAAGCCGGGCGGCGGCGGCAGGUGUUCCCUCCCCCCGCCCGGCCGGAGGAGCCUUCCGAAGCCCGGCGGCGGCGGGAGGAGGUGUCCCCGCCCCGCCGCCAGGCUUCGGAGGAGGUCCGAGGACAGUGGGGAAGACGCGCUGCGCUUCCCGCUGUCCCUGAGAUUUCCCUAUGGGCUGUCGUCUUGCGAAGCAAGCCCAUAGGAAAUUCGUUUGCGAAGCGCCUCCAAAACGGAAAACCCUUUCGUCUAGCGGGUUUUCCGUCUUGCGAGGCGUUCGUCUUGCGGGGUACCACUGUACUUUUCUCUAAGAGAAGGGGAACUGAUGGGGAGCAAACAACUCAAGUCUUUAAAUGGAAACCAGGACUCUCAAGGUUUUCCGGUCCUGCUUUUUUGCUGGCUGUUUAGAGAUCACUCGGCGCUUUCGAGAGAACUUGGCACUUUCAGCAAACUGAGAUGACAGCCCUGUGAUUGUUUACAUGAUCUCUUAACUAGGGAUAAAACAGGUGAAAGAGAAGAGUGUCAAACUCUUGACUUUGCAAGGGCUGCUGAGUCAAUCAGCCCUUUUCAGUCCAUGAGUUUCUCUUCACUUUUUCCCCCCAAGUGGAGAUUUGAGUGGUUGUUUAUCCUACACUGUGCUCACUGAAGUUAAGGUAACCUUAGUAAUCUGAUCUUGUAGCAGUUUGUAAGAAACUUUACUGUCUUGGAGGAGGAGGAAGUAGACUGUGAGUGUUGCUUAAACUGCACUAUUGCUAUGUGUAUAACCCUUCCUGGCCAUUUUAACUCUAGGAGGUUUUGCAACUUCCUGCUUUUUUCACCAUAUCCAGACUAUUGCUGGGAGUCACAUCUGCACUGCUAUGACAGUGACUCUCCAGACAGCUGGCUGUGUUGAUUGCAUCAUUUUGGCCGUGCAGUUGUUGAGACAACGGCACUUGUGGUGGUAGCUACAGCAGUGGCUCAGCUUCCUGUCUCUGGAGUCCUGUUGACCUCUAAUAAUAUUUGGGCCUGGCACCUUGACUUGCCUCUGGCUAGUAAAAAUUACGUCUGGUAAGCACACAGGGAAGGCUGUAUCUGUUUUUCUUGAGAACUAGAAAUAUAUUUCUUAGAAAUGCACUGUCAGGUUUCAUUUUUAAUACCAUGAGGAGUUCGAUAUCAAACUCCCAUUCAUUCCUUUGGAAUAUUCCCCCAUUUUCAUUGACACACUUGAAGUUCUGUUUAUGCUUCAGAAGAUAUACUUGUUUCUUUUCGGAAUCAGUUUUUGCCUGACUGCAGUAUUUGCUGAAGGAGGAAAAUAAGCUUUAGGCAAAGCUUUAGAUCAAACAAUCCUUCAGAUCUCUUCUGCUAUCCUUGAGGAGAUUUUCAGACCUGGCAUAAAUUCAUAAACAUUCUGUACAGGAGCCUUCUAACAAGGCUUGCGUCAUCAGUACUUAGCCCUGUUGCCUGCUAAUAUUUUUCCUGCAUCUAGUCUAGUGCUGUUGAGAUGCUUGUUGACAGUUCUCAUUGCUUGGAGAGAAUUGCCUCUGUUUCCUCAUAAACAUGCAAAGCAAGAAUAGUUCCUGAAAAAGGGCAUUCUUUUGGUAUUCACAAGAACUCCCAUGGGGGGGGGGACAUAUUUGUUUUUAAUUUCAUUUUACAAUUUAAAAUGUAUCCAUAAUAUUAUUCUUUAUUUCAACAGAUACAAUAAUUAUAACAUCAAAUGUUAGUAUAUGUUUUCUUGCUUUUAGGAGAGAGAAAAAGCAGGGGACUGCUUUUAGGGCUGGCCUGAAAGCUGCAGCUAGUAUAGCAUGCAGUGACUUGGCUAUUCACUGAAGUAGCUUAGCACAAGUAGAUCACACCACUUCCAAAGGAGCUACGAUGACUGCCAGUUAGCUACCAGGCCAGCUUUUAAUAUUUCGGUUUUGGCCUAUAAAGCCCUUAACAGCUUUGCUAACGGUAUACAACAAUAGGAUGGAUGCUUUAUGCUUGAGCUUUGUUCAUUUGAUAAUUGACACCUGCAUGCAUGAAAUUAUUCUGUUGAAACACAUUGUGGUUUGAUGUGAUGUGACAUUUCUGUUGGUGGUGGCAGAACUGUGAUGGCUCAUCCCAGGGUUAUUCCCCGUUUGGCCAUGAAGCUAACUGGGUGACCUUGGGCAAGUCACUUUCUCUCAGCUUAUCCUGCCUCACAAGGUCCAUUCAAAUCUAAGAAGUGUGUGAUGCCUUUGGUACCUUUAUUAGCUAGAAUAUGUUGGUGGUGCAGACCAGGGGUGCUCUGCCUUUCUUUUUCCUCAAAGCACUAAUUUUCAUUUGUGCUAAGACUGUGGCAAAAACUCUUUCCUCUUUGCUAUUCAGGCUGAGCCACAAAUGCCAUAUUUUGAUUCCUUCCUUCCAUGAAAGCACUGGGCUUCUAAUUCAAGUGGCAUGUGAAUCUUGAGCCCUUUAGUUUCAUUUCAAUGGGCAAAUGGGAGGGGAUUUGGCAGCAGCCGCUUUUAUUCCAGCCAUGUUCAUGGAACAAUGAACUGUUCCUUCUGCCAGCUGGGAGAAACCAGUGUCAAGGUUCUUUUUCCUUGGCUUUCCGUCGCAGGAGAGCGUAACUUCACAAAUAACCCAGCUGUCACCAACUAAUUUCUCUUUUUUGUUUUCUAGUCUCCUCUUAGCCAUGACCUCAUCCUUAACCUGACUCAGGACGGAAUCAAACUGCUGUUUGAUGCUUUCAAUCAAAGACUCAAGGUAAAAAUAUGAUUUGAGAAAUGCAACUCGGCUUCUGCUUCCCCCACCUGAGGCUUAAAUGUGCAUGCAUGCACUCCCAAAAUGAUACCAACAGUGUUCUGACUAACAACUGUGGGACUGUAUCCCCAUGGCAACUGCUUAUGUCAUUUAUUUAGAUCUUGUGUGUGAUUGUCUGAAUAUAGUGAACUGAUUUUUUGUUGAGGUGUGAUGAUGCCAUUAUAAACUUACAUUAUUAUUAUUGUUUUAUCUAUUUAUCAUACCCUGAAUAAUGUAAUUGUAUUUAGGUAAUGUGCCAGUGGAAAGGCGAUCAUAGCUCAGGGAACAGAACACUAGUUUUGAAUAUAUGAGAUGUCAGAUACAAUGCCUGGCAUCCUUCACAUCCUGGAUAGCAUUAUCGCUUUGUUAGGAAGAGGCCUACCAAAUAUUAGGUAAAGGUAAAGGGACCGCUGACCAUUAGGUCAAGUCACGGACGACUGUGGGGUUGCGGUGCUCAUCUCGCUUUACUGACCGAGGUAGCCUGCGUACAGUCAUGUGGCCAGCAUGACUAAGCCACUUCUGGUGAACCAGAGCAGCGCAUGGAAACGCUGUUUACCUUCCCGCUGGAGCGGUACCUAUUUAUCUACAUGCAGUUUGACAUGCUUUUGAACCGCUAGGUUGGCAGGAGCAGGGACCAAGCAACAGGAGCUCACCCCAUCACGGGGAUUCGAACCGCCAACCUUCUGAUCGGCAAGCCCUAGGCUCUGUGGUUUAACCCACAGCACCACCCGCGUCCCUACCAAAUAUUAAAAUGUGUAUAAAUGGGGUGUGUGCCAGCUCUGACUUUCCUUUGCAGCCUCCUCUACCUAUCCUUUAUUUCCUCUCUCUCUGCUCUCUCUUUCCCGAACUGCCUGUCCAUGUUCACUGCCCCAUUUGCACAACACCUUGGACAUUUUUCUCCUCCCUACCCCUAGUCCUGUUCAUCUUUAGUCUGCUUUGGUCAGACUCCACCUGAGAUUUUUAAACAGAGGUUGGAUGGCCAUCUUGUCAGGGAUCCUUUAGCUGUGUUUCCUGCAGGGGGUUGGACUAGAUGACCCUUGGGGUCUCUUCCAAUACUACUGUUUGAUGGUUCUAUUAUUCCUAUGUCUCUGUUUUAUUUAUUUAAAUAUUUAUGUACCACUGUUUUAUAAAUACAUCAUCAUUGUCAUUAUUAAAAUUUGUGUACCACCCUAUACCUGCAGGUCUCAGGGUGGUUCACAAGACAAAAUUACAAUAUAAAAACACAAAAUACAUAGCUUUAGGGAUGUUAAGUGACUAGUGGCCUAAACACAGCUCAAGAACGUGCUCAGGAAAAAGCAGUUUUAGAGAGCACACAGUGGAAUAGAGUGUUUGUAUGAGCUAAGUGAUCACCAUACCAGUCCCUUUCUCUCAUUAUUUUAGCCCUUAUCUUGGAGCUCUUUGUUCUUUUCCUUAUGUCAUAUUGAAUCAUCAGCUUAUGAAGAAAUGUUAGCUGAAAGUUGUAGAUGACUGUAAUUCUUGUUGAAAGGGAAAAAAGGCAUACCCCCCAAAAAGCUGGAGAACCAGUCCUAUUUUCCAUCUACAAGUUCUGUGUUUCUCUCUCUCUCUCUCUCUCUCUCUCUCUCACACACACACACACACACACACACACACACAGAGAGAGAGAGAUCAACCUAACACGCAUCUGUCCAUCUCUCUGCCUAAGUGCAUCUCUCUGAAUCACAUACAACCUUUUCAUAGGAAAUGCUCACUACCAGCUUCAUGUAGCCAGCAAACCGGACCAGCUGCUCAGCAGGGAAGCCAUCCAUGCCACUUCCUUUCGAAGCAACCAGAAUACAAAGGGAUGGACCCUUGGCAACUGCUCUGCACUGUUCUACCAUUCCACCUGUCUGCCCCCACCCCCCACACCAUGGGUUGUCAACCCAACACCCAUGGGCGCCAGGAAAGGCCAUUGUGGGUGCCGCAGGCACUGGCGUGGCAAUGCCCACACUACAUGUUUGCUUUUUCUUGCACAAAUGAAGUAUUAAUAUGAUUAGCAUACUUAUUAUUCUUCCCCCUAAACCAAAUUCUAGCCACAGAAAUUACAUGGUGCUACCCUCUGUUUCAUUUCUUUUCCUUUUCCUUUCUUUUUUUAAAAGAGCAACAUUAAGUCACUGAGUGUUCUUUCAUUGAAACUGUCAAGAAAUGCUUUUCGUUGACAGUGGUUUCCCCCCACUCCCUGGUUUUGCCCGCACAUUAAUUUGCUUAGUUCCCCUCUCUUUUUAAUGAGAGGCUUUUCUUUCUAUUGCUCAUAAUGCUUUUUCGCCGCUUACUUGGUAGAACAUAAAGUGCUUUGGUAAACAUUCACUUGUACAUGAAUCAAUACCAUGCUGUUAAACAUUCACAAUUGAUUUCUUAUGCCGCUCCAUUGUGUAUAACACCCUUUCCCAACCUGGCACCCUCCAGAAGUCCAAACUACAAGUCCUGUCAAUCAGAUUUGCUAGGCAUUGGGGUAGGGCUUUAGUGAACUGAAAUAUACUGGUUUGGUAGGUGUUCCCUCUGCUUAAUCCAGGAGAGGGAAAACUUUUCUGUGCUGGACUGAUGACUACAAACCUCAGGUGAUCUUGGUCCUAGGACUGACCAACAUUUGCAUUUCCAAGAGCUGAAACAAGUAAUAUGUGAGCUAUCCAGUGGCUAACCGCUUCAAGUGAAAUGUCUUGCAAUAAAGAGGUUCAUUUCUAUGUAUAAAAGCAAUCCUGCUCAAUUACUGCAGGCCAGUUCCUUGAAAAGGGACUCUAGGGUAAUAUGUUGCUUGUGGAAGGAACAUUGUUCAGUUUCAGAACUCUUAAAUGCAGAAACCCUAUUUUGGAUGGAGUAGCUACCUAGUGGCAUUCUUUAUAGAUAAUUAACCCUUGCUGCAACACUCCGUGGUACAUAAUGUCAUGUCCAUUUUGCCAACCUUAGAAAUCACAGUGGGGCAUGUGAAGGGAGCUGUUGUUUAGGUGGGUGGGAUCUUGGCCAUUUAGCACCUUAUAAGUCAGAAACAAAGGAUGCAGGUGGCACUGUGGUGUAAACCACUGAGCCUUGGGAUUGCCAAUUGGAAGGUCGGCAGUUUGAAUCCUCGCAACCGGGUGAGCUCCCGUUGUUCGGUCCCAGCUCCUAACAACCUAACAGUUCAAAAGCACACCCAAAAGUGCAAGUAGAUAAAUAGGUACCACUCCGGUGGGAAGGUAAAUGGCGUUUCUGUGCACUGCUCUGGUUUCACCAGAAGCAGUUUAGUCAUGCUGACCACAUGACCCGGAAAAACUGUCUGUGGACAAACGUCGGCUCCCUCGGCCCGUAAAGCGAGAUGAGCACCGCAACCCCAGAGUUAUUCGCGACUGGACUUUACUGUCAGGGGUCCUUUACCUUUACCUUUUAAGUCCGAAAUAACAGAAACAGAUGCCCCAAAAAGCUAUUCCGACUUAUUGUAGACUUGCACAACAUCACCUAAAGUACUGUACAUGGGUCUACAUCAGCCACAACAGUCUGUACUAGCAACAGCUUCAGAACAGUCAGAUAUAAUAAUAAUAAUAAUAAUUUGUGUAUACCCGCCCCAUCUAUUCUAGGCUUCCCCGGCCACUCUGGGCGACUUCCAGAAUAUUAAAAUACUAUAGCCAUCAAGCUUAUUAAGCUUCCCGAAACAGGGCUGCCUUUGAUGUCUUCUCUAAGCCUGUGGUUGUUGUUCUCUUUGACAUCUGGUGGGAGGGUGUUCCACAGGAAAGGCGCCUCUGAGAAGGCCCUCUGCAGUUCCCUGUAACUUGGCUUUGCACUGAGGGCCGCCAGAAGGCCUCAGUGCUGACCUCAGUGUCCAGGGUAGAGCGAUGGGGGUGGGGGACGCUCCUUCCAGAUAUACUGGUUCAAGCCGUUUAGGGCUUCAGGUCAACACCAACACUUUGAAUUGUGCUCCCUGGAAGCUGUGCAGACCAUGCCGGAUCACUGGGUGAGGUGUUGGCAUGUGUGGUCUCUGCGGCCGCUCCCAGUCACUCCAGUCUGGCUGCGCGUUCUGGAUUAGUUCUUAAGUUUUCCGGUCACCUUCAAAAGGUAGCCCAUUAGGCGCAUUGCAGUGUCCCAGCGGGAGUGCAGAGCCACACCACUCUGGCGAGGCAGUGCCAGGCAGAUAGGGUCUCAGCCUGCGUACCAGAUGGAGCUGGUAAACAGCUGCCCUGGACACAGUUUGACCUGUGCCUCCAUGGACAGCUGUGAGUCCAAAAUGACUUCCCCAGGCUGCACAGGUCCUUCAGGGCAGUGCCUGACUCAGGACCAGAGUCUCCUGCCCAUGCUCUGUCACAAAAACGGUAGCUUAUGUUUGUCAGGGUUAAACUCGUCAUUAGCCGCCUGUCCAACCUCCAACCGCCUCCGAGCACUCAGGACCUUCACUGCCUUCUGGUUCUGAUUUGAAAGAGAGAGUAGAGCAGGUAUCAUCACCAUACUGAUGAACACCCAGCCCAAAUCCCCUGAUGAUCUCUGGCGGCUUCAUGCUGAGAUGUUGAAAGCAUGGAAGGACAGAACUUUGAAACUUACAAGUGAGGCCCAGGAGUCUGAACUCAUCCCCCACCGCUUUCCCAUUAGGCGGCGGAAGACGGAACCACCUGCGCCAACAAGUGCUUUAGCUCCCAACCCCAGGCGGUCCAGAAGGAUGUUAUCAGUCAGAUGGUAUCAAGCGCUGCACUGAGAGAUCCAGCAGAGCAGGAAACAGCUCCCUGCUGUCUGUGUGGGAAUAUCAACCAGUGCGACCAGACUUGAACAGAUAGAGCAGGGGGCCUGAAUCCCGACUGGAAGGGAUCCCAAAUGGGGUCACAUUGCUGAGCAUGCUGGAACAUUCCCAGCAAUACUGCUCAAUCUUUUAAGAAUGGAAGAUUUGAGACUGGGCGAUAGUUACAACCUCCAUGUGCUUGCAUCUAAAGUGGUUUUAAGGAAAGCGGUUUAAUAACACUCUUUUCAACGGGUCUAGGAGGAAACCCUCACGGAGGAAGCAUUCACCACCUGGCCAUCGCAGUCCUUCGGCUAGCUUUUGCAAGCCAGGAUGGGCAAAGGUCAGGAGGCAAGUGGUUGGUUUCACUCGUCCCAAGCAACCUGUCCACAUCCUGGAGGUAACAGGUCGAAAGAUUGAUCCCACAGCUUGACUGAACAGGUUUCGCCUCCGCCCGGCCCUGCUCUUACGGUGGGAGUCACCUCUUCUGAAUCUGAAGCAGCUUUAUCUGCAAAAACUUUGCAAAGUCAUUAAGGAGUCAUGUGGCCCUUCUGGGCCUGAUGGUGAGUGGUUCAUCAGUGAACCACUGAAGAGUCUCCUGCUGCUGUUUCAUAGAAGAUGCAAUAGGCGGUGAAGAGAGUCUUCUUCGCCCGUUCUUCCUUAUGCAUAGUAGGCUCGGCGUUGAGCUCCUUCGUGUCCGGUCAGAUUCAGAAUGGGUUAUCCAUGCCGGCGCUCCUAGCCGUCUCAACAAUUGUUUCAUUGCCUCAGAUCCGUGGAAAACCACUGGAGCUGUCCCAGACUCCAUGCAAUCGGAGAGGCGCCCAGAGCCAAAUGAUCAAUAGCCCUGGUUGCUCACAUUCCACGCGAGCACCAGGGAAUCAGCUGAAGGCUGCUCAACAUGGGAUAAAACAUCCCUACCACUCUCUCGGCUUAUUUGGGUCAGUAAGAGUGUGAGGCGGUUGUCAUCUGGUCAGUUCCCGCCUCCUACUGGGGGAAGGGUCACGGAGAGUCCAGUUGCCAGGAGUGAUCUGACCAUGUGUGGCACUUCUUUGGUUCCGCUUUUUUACUUGUGUCAGAUCACCAACGCUGUAGAGGGGUGGUGCAGGUCUAGGCAUGCCCGUGGCUAUGAGUUGGGCCAGACUUAUUCUAGGGGACAGCCCAUGGAGCCAUGCUUUUCCCACGAAGUCCCGGCGGCAACAGGUCGUGUCGGCAUGGAUGUUAAAGUCCCAGGAGCCAAUCAGUCUCUCCAAGGAGGACAUCCGCCCACACGACCUCGGCAAGCUGGGCAGGGAAUCCUUGGUACGUAAGGAGGUGGUGCCUGUAUGAUCUGUACUGCCUAUUUGCUAGAACAUGCACUCAGAGAACUGGUCUUUUCCAAUGGGACGCCUGGGUACAAACUAAUGACUUCCUAAAAAUCACUGCAACCCCCUCCCUUACUGGGCCUGGGUUGCUGUGCGUAAGAGAAACCUGGGUGGACAAGCAGCGGCAGAGGCAGGCCCCAUCUACUUCAUCAGCAGUCUCUAUCCCCACAUACCAGAGUCAAAUCCUCCAUCCACAAUCCCAGGUGGCUGGAAUGGCAGAGGUUUUAAUGCAUCAUUGACCUGGCAUUGCACAGCAACACUUUCAGUCAUGUGGGUUCCUAUUAAUUCAGUAUCCUUCCGGUCAGGACCUCAGACCUGGGCAGGACCAGUCCUCAACAUGGCUCAGCCUGUCACCGGUAAUGACGUCUGAGGUCUUAGCGUAACUCCUCCUCCUCCCCGUGAUCACUGAGAUCGGUUGUCCCAGUGCAUUCCCCCCCUGUGGAACCUGCCCCAGCCCAUUUUGUUUGCUUGGGUUAUAAAUGACUGGCCUCCCCUUAAAAUCAAAUUAAACCUAUACAAAAUCAAACUAACAGAACAAUAAAACUAAAAAUAAAAACAAAGUUACAAACACAACACCAAUUAAAUUAAACAAUUCCCACCUUCAAGCACCACCCCACCCCACCACCAGAGGCCCUCCUCAGGCCAAGCUGCGGGCAGUAUGGGGCCCUUCCCCCUUCACCCAAGGUGAAGGGCUUCCAAGGGAGCGGUCUCCCCAGGAGCUCAUAGUGCGGCGGCAGCCGUGAUGUCCAAGAGGCACAUCCCCAGACCCUUAUAUGCUGUCGUGGAGUAUGGGGCCCACCCCCAGGCCCAAGGUGGAAAAGGGCUUCGGGGGGCGGUCCUCCCCACAAAUACGGCAGAGCGGCAGCAGCAAUGUCCAGGCCUCAUGGAGCCUUAUAUGCUGAGGUGGGUAUGGGGCCAGCCCCCAGACUAAGGUGGAAGGGCCUUCGGGGGAGCGGUCUCCCAAGACUCACGGCAGAGCGGCCAGCAGCGUGUCCAGGCCUCCUUCAGACCUCCAUAUGCUGUAUUAGUGGAGUAGGAGCCCGCUGACCCAGGUGCCGGAAAAAGGGCUUCAGGGGAGCGGUCCUCCCCCACCCCAAACUCACGGCAGAGCGGCAGCAGCGUGUCCCAGGCCACUCCUUGGGCCCGCUAUAUGCUGGUGGAGUAUGGGGCCCGCCCUGACCAAAAGGGUGGAAAAGGAGCUUCCAAGGGGAGAGCGGUCCUCCCCCACACAAACUCACGGCAGAAGCGGCAGCAUGUGUCCCGAGGCCUCCUGGAGCUUCUGUGCUGUGGUGGAGUAUGGGCAGCCCCCAGGCCCAAGGUGGAAGGGGCUUCCAGGGGGCGGUCACCCCCACAAACUCGGCAGAGCGGCAGCAGCGAUGUCCAGACCUCCAUGAGCCUGUGCUGUGAUUGGAGUAUGGGCCAGCCCCAGGCCAAGGUGGAAAAAGAGCUGGGAGGCAGGGUCCUCCCCAUAAACUCACGGCAGGCGGCUGGCAGCAAUGUCGAGGCCUCCUUGGGCCUUAUGCUGUGAGGUGGAGUAUGGGGCCCGCCCCAGGCCCAAGGUGGAAAAAGAGACUGAGAGCGGUCCCUCCCCUGAAACUCACGGCAGGCUGGCAGCAGCAAUGUCCCGAGGCCUCCUUGGAGCCUUAUAUGCUGUGGUGGAGUGGGGCCCGCUGAGCUAAGGUGGAAAAGGGCUUCAGAGGAGCGGUCCUCUGACUCAGCAGAAACUGACAACCAGCAAUGUCCGAGCCAAUGCAGUUGCCCAGUCUAACGGUUAUGAAGGCAUGGAAGUGGUCGCAGUUCAGACUGCAAAGGAAAUUGUCACAGCCAACUGCUCACCAAAUGAAAUCUACAUUUCAGCAUUUUGUGCAACCUCUGGGUGAAGUCAUCUGGAAAUGCUUAUGAUGCUUAUGAUAUUCUCAGUUUCAUGAGAUCCCAAAGAGGUGGUGGAAACUGUUAGCUGGUGUUAACUGGCAAUGAGGACUUGAGUGUUGGGAGGGCAAACUUAAACUUAAGCCAAGCAACCAAGCAAAUUGUUCAAUACAAGGCUGUAUUAUGUCUUGAUUUGUUUGUACUUAUGAUUACUUUAUUGUGAAAUGGAAUGGAGAUUCUUAAAUAUGCUAAAAGCAGUCCCAAAUACUACUUUAUCUUAAUAGUAAUUAUCUGUUCUCCCACCCAGUUCUUCCUCAUGAAACCUGUUGACUUUUAUGGGCACCAGUGGGAGCAUUUCUCCUAGUACUAAUAGCAGCUUUUAAGUAAUGGGUUUUUGUUUUGCAAUAUAUGGUAGGGAAGAAGAGUUAAAUUCCCCCUCCCAUAGCAAAGAUAAAAAUAAAUAUAUGUGCCUAGUGUAACAUCUAGUUAACUAGCAAUGUGUGAACCCACUUUCACUAAAAUCAUGUUUGAGCCACUGACUACAAGCUUCUUCCAGCAAUGAUGGGGGCAGGGAGGAAAUCACUUUUUUAAAUAUAAUACUCAGUUUCCAAAUGUUUUAGCACAUGCUCACAGUGCCACUUGGGAAUUGUGGAGCUGAGAAAGACAUGCAGCAGUGAGCCGUGCUCCUGUUAACUGUGGGACAUUAGCUCUGGCCCACCCUUAUUGACUGUUGGACUGUGGAUGAGGCCUCAGCAACUCCAGACGGCUGCAGUCUUGCCAACCAAGUGUAAGAGUGUAAGACAGCUGCCACUCUAGGUCAAGUACCUGUUCCAGCGGCAUCUCUCUUCCCCUCCCCUCCACAACCUAUAUACCCACACCGUGGCUGAUCUUUUGAUCAGUGGUACCAAAGGCAGGCCUUAUAAGCUGCAGUUUCUUCCCACGGUUCCCUACUAUAGAGCAUCUUUGGCGGAACCUCAGGAUUUGUAAAAACACAAAGCAUCCAUAUAGAAAGACAAAAUGGGGGAGCCCAAGGUCCUAUCACUACAAAGUCUGCACUUGGUUGGUUGUGGCAAACCUUUUAUAUUCAGAUAGAAAGUAAACAUAUAGAUUUACAAUCAGAUUGUUACCAAAACUGUUUCCUAGAAGGAAGAUGUUAGAGAUGAAAGCAUUGCUGCAAACAGAUCUGUUCAUAUUGAACUAAGAUUUUUUGCCAAAGAUUUUUCCCCCCUAUAUUUUUUGUGCCCACGGAAAGCUGUUACCUUCAUUAAAUCCUAUUAAAUUCUGUGUUUUUUUCUCCUUUAGAUGCUAUAAUGGACAUUUUAAUUAGUUAAUUAAAUUAAUAUGCUCAAUAAAUGUCUGAUGUCCUUAGUGGGAUAGAUAAUCAGCAUGGUUUGCUUCUGCCCCAUAUUUUGGUCCUUAUUUCACCUUUCUUUUCUCUUACUCACUCCCAUGCAUUCAUUUUUGCCCUCCUCUUCCUAUUUCCCUCGCUGCAGCCUCACUCUGGUACUUACACUCAUAUUCUUUCCUAUUUUCUAAGACUUUGGCCUGGUUUGCAGAUAAUGCUAAAGGAUGGUGGUUACUACAUUCAUGAACUUCUAGACUCACAUGCCAUUUCUCUACUUCCUCUAGCUGUGAAGAGGAUAUUGGAAGCUUUUAACAGUUACUUGCCAUGUCCAAACCUGCUGUGUCCAAACUCUAUUGCUUAAGGAAACAAACUGACUUCAAACUGUGGUUAAUUAGCCGGACUUAUUUCCUCAAACUGAAGUUCUUGGUUUGGAUAAAACCAGAGCUUGCUGAAAAUGGAAGCAGAAGCUUCUGGUCUUCUAUCUGUGGCUACAGCAAAGAAGAAGAGCCCAUAAGUCUGUGUUUGCCAGAGUUCAUACCUGCAGUACUAAACCGUCACAUACUUGUUUAUUUAGAAAACUUGCAUCCGCCCUUCCAACACAUUUGCCUUGCUCAGGGAAGCUUACAACAAUAUUUUAAAAACCUGCCCCAUGAAAUCAGAAAGCAACAGCAUUCGAAACAGAAAGAGACACAGUGUACAGACCCAUAUUUUAGAAUGUUUUUAUUAUAUAACCAUCAUCUGCAAGGCAAGGGUUGGGCGAUAUCUUGGUUUUCAACAUUGUGAUAUAUCAGCAGCUAAAUACCAUGAUAUGUUGAGAUACCACAGUGUCUGCAAUGUAUUUUGGCUGCUUCUUCCUCCCCACCUUCCUGCUACCACCCAGCCCUACCAAGCCCCAAUACUGUUCCAGCUCACAUGAGCUGGAGGGGCUUUACUGAACUGCUCAAUGGGGUGCGGGAAAAGUUAUUCAAUACUUCUCAACAGUCCUGCUGUUCGUGUGUGUCCAUGUAUGUGUGUCCAUGCAUGCAUCUCUCUCUAUCUCUCUCUCAACACCAGUCUUUUACUUUUGUAAUAAUGGUAUUUUUCCUGUUUUUUUAGGUGAUUGAAGUUUAUGACUUGACUAAAGUGAAGUUAAAAUAUUGGUAAGUGGUCAGUCAAAUAAAUGUAGCCACUUGUUCCUUUUUCCCCUCUUAGGGUUGGCAGGACGUCUGCCACUGAGAGAGAACAGCUGAAAAGUCACUGAGCUAAAAGAUACCCUGUUCAGCCUUAUCCCAUCUUGGCUUAAGAAACUGAGACGAGACACUCAUCUCAUCUUCGUAGCUAACAUAAGACGUAUGCUACAGUCCUCAAAACUAUGGUUUCCCUGAAAGAAUCCUGGAAGGGUUUGGUGAGGAUGCUGAGAUUUCUCUUUUGGAGAUCUCCAGCCACCUUUACAGUUUCUUAGGGAAAGGGAAUGGUCUUUAAUAAGGAUCUGUCCUCAGGUGAUCUUAAGGCUUAAGCUGUGCUCUUCUACAAAUUGUCCCUCAGCUAAUUUUUGUGUGCUCUUGUGUGACAAUGCAGACAGAUAUAACUGCUGAAAACAAGGAGCGGGGAGAGAAACUGGCUUUAAAAGUGGCUUCAUUUCAGGCCCUCAGAAUACCUUACUCUGCUCAGUGAAGCACAUAAUUGAAACAAAAGCCUCUCUUUUCCUGUGUUUAAAAAUGUAUUGAGUAUAUUUCUACUGUGUUUUUCUUGGUGACUUUCCAAAAUAUCUUCAUUCAUAAAUUUCACAAAAGGCUUCAUGGAAACCUCACUGAAGCAGGGUUGCGCAGAGCAUCCGUAUAGGUACUAUUUCAUUCUGUAGAAGGGGAAUAGUCACCUGCUUCUCUGAGUGACUGUAAAAAUAGUUAAGUUUGAAAUGAAUUGUGAAGAUGAAAGACUCAUGAAGCUGUUUUAUAAGUGACUUUGAAUACAACAAAUAUUUGAUCCAAUGCUGAUUCAGAGACUUACGCCUGGCAAAGCCCCAGAGAGGGACAUGUUAAUUUUUUUUCCAUAGCGACUCAGUUCAAGGGGCUUCAAUUUUGGCCACUUUGUUUCUGAUUAUUCAACUGGAAUAUUGCCAACUGUCUGAAUAUCUAAUAUUUUGGUUUCAAACUUUAAGAAGUGUGAUCAUGAUGACUUUCAAAAUAUCACUAAAUAAGGCUUCUUGAUAUUCAUGCAUAAAAUAUACACACUUCUUUCAGAUAAGUUAAAACAAUGAGUCAAAGAGAGUCAGGUUAUGUCUCCAAUGCACGUAGAGGCUUUCACAAGAGACCUUGCACAUUGUUCACUGAUUUGUUUUGAAUUAUCUUAUUCAAAAGUACAUUAGCUGUCCACCAACAAAAGCUGGGUGUUGUGUUUGUUGAUCUCUCAUUUGCCUUUGACUCCAUUGACUGAAAGCGUCCAUGGCAAUAUUGAUUUUUCCUUCCUUCCAGUGGUGUCCAUUUUAACUCUCAGGCUAUUGCUCCAACCAUAGAACAAAUUGAUCAGUCUUUUGGAGCAACACAUCCAGGAGGUGAGUUGGCAAUUCUUGGCACUGUUCACAUGUGGAUAUUUGGUCGGUUGUGCCUGUGGCUGUUCCCUAUGCAUCACUGGAAUUGAAAGUCAGAUAGACCAAAGGGUCUCAUUCACAAGGGAUUAUUUGUUUAUGAAGGAGGCUUAAACUUGGUUUUAGCUUUCUAUGUGCUUCAUGAUCUAUCUUGCCAAGUGUGAUAAAAAAUGAGUUAGUAGAGGCAUGAGACUGACAAUAUAUAUAUUUUCAGAGAGCUGAAAAAAAUUGUAUGAUAGAACCAUUGAUGCUUAUGGCUGAUUUGCUUAUGUUGCCAGAGGUUCCUGGAAGGCGGUCUGGGAUGGCUCUCCCCACUGGCUGGACAGGCAGGGUCCCAAACUAUGAUCCUGCCCAAGGGAGAGGCCAUUCUACUCUUAUCAGACAAUGUGGUACUUCAGCCUGAUAUGACCUUUGUCCUAAAGCAGGGGUGUCCAAACUUUUUUCAAAUAGGGCCAGGUUUGAUGAAGUGAACAUGCAUGAGUGCCGAACAAAGUUAUUGACCUUUUUUUUAGGAUUCAAGUUGUUGACCUUUUUUUAGAACUACGGGGAGGAACUGCCUCUGGGGGCCGGAUUGGUGGGUUGGAUUAGGCCCCCCAAACAGACUUUGGACAUGCCUGUCCUAAAGGUUAAGACCAUCUUUCACAGAGCUUACAAAGUGGUUCUGCCUUAAUUUUGUCCUACUCCAUUGUCAACCAUGGUCCUGGCACUCUGGAUGUUUCUGCUUGGAUAGGACUUUGGCCUUCCUGAAGUCUGAGGCCAUAUUUGUUUCCUUCGAUGACUAAGGGCUAGGCAGAAGAUUUCUUCCUCAUCUUCAACCAUCUCUGGGAGGCUCAGGGAGGCAAUAGGGCUCUUGAAAAAGUUCCCUGUUUGUCCCUUGGCCUGUUUUUUCCUGUGUUAGUCUUCUGGACCUGGGCCUGUUGGAACUGGUGUCCUCCUAUGUGGAUGGAGUCCAUGUGGUUUGAUGGGUCAUUCUUUCUGUGCUGGCUGGUCUGGUACGAGUGGGAUGGACCCUCCUCUGGGUAGGAUCAUCAUUUUGGGACUCUGCCUGUCCAGUCAGUGGGAAGAGCCAUCCCAGACUAUUGACUGCCCUCCAAUAACCCCUGCCAGUAGAAAUUCAUGGUAAGAAUUUUGACUUUGUCUCCUGUGGCAUUUAUGCUUUAUGUUUCAUUAAUUUUUUUCUCUGGCUCUGUUAUAUUCUCUAGUCAAGCAGGUUUUUCAGGUAGCUGUAGUGGGGAACCUCAGGCCCAGGAACCAAAUGCAACUCCAACUCCCAGCCUCUCUAUCUGCCUCUCUAUACUCCCUCUUUUCCUAGGCUACGCCAGUCAGUAGCCUUGCUGUACAUCCUCCUUGAGUGGCUUUGCUUGGCUGUAAUGUGUCCUUGAACUCUGAAAAUGCUUCCUGCUUGCCUGGCUGGAUGAUAGAGAGGGGUGCAAUAGUGUGUGUAGACACAAGCCUACUGUCCAAAGGUACAGUCAUUGCUUGGCCCACUUUUGCCUGUGGCCCCAUCCACCACUGGCAUUUGACUUUUAUAAGGUUGCCUACAAGGCAGUGAGGUUCUUGGGCUGAAAAAGGUUCCCUAUACUUGCAAUAGUGCUUUAGAAACUUGAAAAUCCUGUUUGACUAAAGCUGUGAGUACACCAAAGGAAACAAUGCCUAUUUCAAAACUCCUUCAAGUCAUCAAGUAUUAUCUGUCUGCAAUCAGUGUCAUAUGAAUAUGUUUGGGAUGAGACGAAAAAGCAGAUCUGUGCUUACAGAAUUAUAAAACCAUCAGAUUAUAAUGAUAUUGCUUCAGACUACAUGCAGAGGCAACAGUCCUCAUUACAAUUGCUGGUUAUAUCAGGCGUGUGCCCUCCUUCCUCUCAUAGUAGCAAUGAAUUGUAUCCACUGUUAGUUCUACUCAGAGUAGACUUGACCUGACUAAUGGCCAAACAAUAACAAACCCUGGUUAAGAACAACCCAUGGUUAGCAUUGUCCUUCAUAUACACAUAAUGCUACACUACAAUUUCACCAAGCCAUGUGAGGAAAGUGGGAGAAACAAGUAGGAUGGAGCCUGUGCCUGAUGGGUUUGCUAUGCUUUUUUCAAUCCUACAAAUUCCAUAGUGAUAAUGAGAAUAGAAAAAUCUUGUGCUGUUAAAGAAACAAAAGGUUAGUUCAUAUAUCUGGCACUUGAGCAUUUGAAAACCUCCUAUCUGGCCUCAUUAAUUAUCCCUGUUGUUCACCCCAUGGGUUUUUGCCUUUAGACAGGUUGAAGCCCCAACUGCUGCUAGAUGUUUCAUAAGCACUUUAGGCAUAGUUUAAUGAAGAGCUAAACUGCUUGACAGUACUGUCUGAUUGGAAAGGGAUAAAUUGCUGUUCUUAUAUGCGUGUAUGUGUGUUUCCAGUGUACAACUCUGCUGAACAACUUUUCCACCUCAACUUCAGAGGACUGUCUUUUUCUUUUCAAUUGGACUCAUGGACUGAAACUCCAAAGUAUGAGGUCUGAAAUCUUCUUUGUUCAUAAAUACAUUAUUAAACAAAGCAGUCACUGUGUUUUGAAAGACUUGUAACUGUCUUUGUGCCUUAAUUUAUUGAUUUUUGAGAUAUGUUGCUUCCCCUUUAAGCCUAAUUCAGCUGUCAUUGGAACUGAUUUCCAAACUAUAAAAGUAUCCUGCAGGCUGACACACACUCCCUCUCUCCGUGCCACUUGUUCCCCCCUCUGCCUUUUCCUGCUUAGUGAUAACUAUAGGUUUACUGUGAUACCUGAACUGGUAUUAUCAUAGUUAACCACUAACCAUAGUUUAAUCUCAAAUCAGAGAUUGGAAUCAAAGUUGCUUCAAACUGUUGGUGGUGUUAACAAACGCAGCGGGGGGGGGGGAAGCGUGAAUACUUUUUCUAGGCUGCAUAGUGUCCUGGUCAAGGAAAGUAAUAGUCCCUCUCUUCCUGCCAACCUAGCAGUUCGAAAGUGCCCAGUGCAAGUAGAUAAAUAGGUACCGCUCUGGCGGGAAGGUAAACCAGAAGCAGCUUAGUCAUGCUGGUCACAUGACCCAGAAGCUGUACGCCAGCUCCCUCGGCCAGUAAAGUGAGAUGAGCGCCGCAACCCCAGAGUCAUCCGCGACUCCACCUAAUGGUCAGGGGUCCCUUUACCUUUAUUCCACCAUGGUCAGACCACACUUGGAGUCCUGUGUCCAGCUCAGCGAUUGCCGGCGGGGGAACAGCUGAUAGGCUGCCUGUUAGACACGUGAGGCUGUUAGCCUCUGGGCAAUCCUCCCCGCCCCCCAAUUUCAACAAGUCAGGGCAAUUUCCCCCCAUUUUCUUAAUUUGGAGUCCCCCAAAAUGGGAGGCGUCCUAUACAUGGGGACAUCCAAUACACAGAAAAAUACAGUAAUUGAACAAAGUACAUGUGGAUUUACAAUAGGCUCCCUAAAUCUUCAAAUCAAGAUUCGCAAAUAAUUUUUAUGAAAAUUUCCGUUUUACAAUAACUACACUGCAGUGUCUGACACCUCUGAAAUUAGGGACCCUGCAAUUGGCUAACAUUCUGGGACCACUGCAAUAUAGAUUGGCGUCCAUCCUUUACCAUGGAUUGUUUCUUUUAAAAUUCAAACUGCAUUGCAAGACAAGAAAACAACAGUAAUAUUCCUAGUUGGAAGAAGUUUAAUGAACUACUAGCCUCCUAGCAGGAGGUGCUGAAAUUAAUCACACAUCCAAAAUAGGAGGGGGAAGAAAGGAUGAUGAGUGGGGGGGGGGGUCCUGCUGUCUAUGUCUGUUAAUCAGCUACAUUCAUAGACUACUGAGAAGAAAUGGUUUGUGGAGUAUGUGUGCCAUGGGAUCCACUGUGUGUGUGUGUACAUGUACAUGCAAGUGACUUCUGCAAGUUCUUUCAUGGGGGUUUUAACUGCUGCAGGACACGUCAUGGGGGUUUUAAUCUUAGUUUUGCUAUGUAGAGAGAUAAAGUUUUGCUGGUUUUUGAAGAUCAUUCUGACUCACUUGGUUGUAUGUGGUACAAGAUUUAGUAUUAUUGGACUUAAAACUAUGUGUUGUGCAAUCAAAUAUAAUUUUAAUUUAACCUUUCCAGCCAAACUUUGCCCAUGGCCUAGCUUCCCUGCAAAUUCCCCAUGGUGCAACUGUGAAACGUAUGUACAUCUAUAGUGGAAACAGUCUUCAAGAUACCAAGUAAGUAGCUCUUAUAUUUUGGGAAAUAUCUCCAAAUAGAUAAAUAGUGAAAGUCAAAUCUCAUGUUAUUUUAUGUGCAUAUAAUUAUGUAUGCUGGCUAUAUUUAGCUUUAUUACAGUAUUCAAGUUUACUUGGCUAUUUACAUAGUCUAUCAUUUUGUGUUUAAGCUUUUUCAGGCAAGUCCCUUUCCAGAUUAAAAGUACAGAGCCUCUUCACACAAUAACUUACCGGUACCCCGGUAUUUAAAAACAUACCAACCAACCCUGCUGGUUAACAUGUUCAAGAGUUAAUUGAGCCAAGCUUAAUUUAAGCAUCUUCUCAAACCAUGAGGAUCUGUAAAGAUAAUUUUUGAACCCAAACUAUAGUUUUAUCUUCAAAAUGUGCAGGCGAAAGCCAUGGUUUAUAGCUGCUUAUUUGCUUCCAUUUGGUCAGUGCUCUAUUCUGAAGAUGCAAUAGCCUCUGAAGGCAGAAUGAUGUUAAUAACCACAGUUUAUCAAUUCAGACAUCUCAUCAAAGCAUUGUUUGCAAACCUAUUGCAAACUAUGGUUUCUAAUUCUUGUUUGCUGGCCAAUUGCAACCUAUGCAGUUUAUCAAUUUAACCAUAGUUAAUCUUUCUCAACCAUGCUUUAUCAUUCAAAUUCAGCCAUAACAAGCUCCCUACAGUUACUUCCAGUUAGAAAUCCAGUUAUUUAAAUGUUUAUAGUGUGGACUUUGUUGUGUGGUAGUUUAAUUUAAAUUUUAACAUGGGCAUUCUGUUGUGUUGCUGGCUGUUGAGCAUAAAUUUAGUAAAUGGUAAGGUUCCUUUAAAGAAUGCAGUUCUUCUCUUUUUGCUUCUUCAUCUGUAAGUUGUGUUUGCGACACCACUAUUGAGUUAGGGCUGUUUAGUCAGAUAGCACUCGCUAUUGGUAUAGAAAAGCGAACCGGAAACAAUGUGUUGCUUAGCACUAAUCUGCAUAUUGUUUAAUUAUACAUGAUCUUGCUGUUUCAGGGCUCCUAUGAUGCCCCUCAGCUGUUUCCUUGGAAAUGUGUAUGCAGAGAAUGUUGAUGUUCUGAGAGAUGGAGCUGGGCCCUCAGGUUUACGGCUUCGCUUACUCACUGCAGGUAUUAGUGAGCAGAGGUUUCCUUUCGAAGGCACAAAUGUGAAUAUGGGCAACCUAUAUAUCUCGGAAUCUCUCAAGUACUUACUUCUGAUUACUCUGUCACCUCCUCUGUUGGAGAUGACUUGUACAUUCCAGGAAAUAUUGCUUCAGUUGAUUCCAAGUUCAUUGCAACACCGUUCUUGGUAUAAUGAAACUUUGUCUUAUGUGUAGGGGUGUGGGUUCUCCUUGAGCAAUAAGUAAGUCUGACUGUCAAGCAAGAAUUCCUGCAAAACUAUAUAUGAACCAGAUUCACAAUCAGAACCUUUGGGAGAUGUGGAAAGAUUCCCAGGGAUUUAGCAGGGUUGCAAAGGGAACUAGGAGGUGCUCUUUACCACUGUAGAGACAUAGAAGCCUAAAACUGGAUCAAGAGUCAGUCAGCCAGUAGUCAGAUGUGUAUUAGAAUUCAGAUGUGACCCCCAAACCAUGGUUUAUGAAGUCAUGUUGUAGCCACACCAACACCAUAUAUCUGACCAUCAUUUGCAAGAGUCCACCAAACCAGGAUAUGAAACCAUAUUUUGAAGCUGAUUUGGGAUGUUGCUCCACCCUUGAAGGAUUCUGUUUUGGGAAGACACCUGGGGUUUCUAGGGGAGGAGGCUAACCAUACAAGUUUGCUCAUAAGUCUCAUAUGAACACAAAAGCCUGAGUGGAGUUACCUAGAGUUUUGGAAUACGUUGUCAGCAAUAUGCUGAUGACACACAACUCUACUUCCCCUUUACAACUGCAGGCGUGGCAGUGGAAGUGCUGGACCAGUGCCUUGCCUUGGUAAUGGACUGGAUGAGAGCCAACAAACUGAAGCUCCAUCCAGAUAAGACUGAGGCACUACUAGUGGAUUGUUCCCUAGACCGUAUGGAUGGGAGGUUGCUUGCUCUUGAUAGGGUUACACUCCCUCUGAAGGAGCGGAUACACAGCAUGUGGGUAUUCUUGGAUCCUUUGCUGUUGCUUAAGGCUCAGGUGGCCUAGUGGCAUGGAGUGCCUUGCAUCAGUUUGGGUUGGUGACCCAGCUGUGCCACUGCCUGAACAGGGAUAGCCUCACUUUUAUGCUAAGUUAGAUCACUGCAAUGCACUAUACAUGGGGUGGUCUCUGAAGGUGGUUUGGAAACUUCGGCUGGUGCAGAAUUUAGCAGCUAAGCUGCUCACCAGGGCAAGACUGAGCAUAUAACACCAAUCCUGGCCCAACUGCACUGGCUGCCAUGAGCUUCUUGGAGGAAUAGCAGAAUCACCUAUGAAAUAGGUAAAAUGAGUGCAGUUUCAAUCCAGCCUUUGGUUGAAGGUUUGGUGUUAGUUUAUUUGUGGAUACUGUAAUGAAUGGAAAGUUCAUCAAGUCUUGCUUCUGUUCACUUGACGAUUAGCAUCACAAAAUGAAGGAUUUUUGGUUGUCUUGAUUACAAGAUGAAUAAAACUGUAGCCAAUUUUAAGUGGAAUUUGCUUCUAUUUUUACAGAGGAGGCGAAAGGAGAGCUGCCUAGGACAGGGAUCAUAUAUCCUGGUAAUAGUAGGAAGGAGUUAGCUAUUAUCCAGAAACUGUAAAUGGUUUUUCAAGGUAGAGUGUGAAGUCCAGAUAACAUAUAUACAUGCCUGAAAUUUAAAGAAAAAGAUGUUGGAUGUAUUAGCUACUCAUUAUUAGCUUUAUGCACUGAAGGGUUAACUCAUGCAUAUCAAAACUCAGUUUUAAAGUGAAUGUACUUCAUUUGGAUGCCAGUGUAUCUAAAGAACUCCCAGUCUGAGAGCAGGACAAUGGAAAGGGGAUUCAUAAUUAACAAAAAUGUUGAUCCAUGUUAAAUUUAUGUAAGGUGUAUACUAUCAUUUAAAAUACUUUCACCUAUGGCUUGAAAAGAGAUUGUGGAUUUUUAUUACACUUCGUGUAGUAAUAAGCUUGCUGAAGCCCAGAUGCUGGUGUUAUCACCAGCGUGGCCUUAUUAAUUGUCACCGUGUUGAUUUUAGCAAAUUUUCACAGUGUGUCCUUCUUUCAGUUUGUUUCCCUCGGACCUAAUUUAUCUGGAGUGUCACACGGUUACCCACACCUGCUGUGAUGGCUGGGGUAUUGGACUAGGACCAGGAAACUCAAACCCACAAAGUUCACUGAGUGAUCUUGAGACGGCCACACGCACUCUCAAUCUAACUUGCCAUCUAUUAUAGUUUCAUUGUGAGGUUAAACGGGAAAGGAUGUGUGUGUUGCCUAUAGCCCCUAUAGGGUGGGGUAAAAAUGUAACAACCAUUCCUGAUAAAAUAUGGAUUAAUCUAGAGUAUCUUUUAUAGAAGGGUGCUUGUGCAUAACUUUGGUUGCAAAUUAUUUGACAUUUUAACCCACACUUCAUGCAGUGAAUAGUAUUGUACUGCAUUGGGCCAUUUCUAAAGAAGAAAGAGCACAACCCCAGCCCCACAGAAAGAGCACUUCUGCUCUUCUGCAACUCCUCUUCAUUUCAGUAGGACCCAAACAGAACGGGUGAAAAUGGAUGUUUCAGCUGCAUGCUAAUCUGCACCAGCCUUCCCCAAUGUGGUGCUCUCAGAAUUUGUAGUCCAAGACAUCUGGAAGCCACCAGAUUGAGGAGGACUAGUGUGCAUGAGGUUGAAUAAUCUGUCUUCCACAGGUUAUUUCUGAGAGUUGCUGCAAAGUGGCAAGUGUGUUUUGUAUAUUUCUAUUUAGUGUUUUAUUUUUUUCUAAUUUGAUUCUGCUAAUGUCACUUACAUCCUGAGUUACACCUCUCUGAAGUUGCUCAUUUUUAUUUUUAUUUGUUGAGAGACUUCUAAAAUCUGCCACAGUGCAAUUUCUGUUCUCGUUUCACUCUUUUGGUUAGCUGGAUGAGAGAUGAAUGCAGGCUUCCGGCCAUACCAACAUUUUGGAAGUUUGGUGUCCCAUCUAUUAACACUUUCCCUUGUUUUUCAGGUUGCGGCCCUGGUGUAUUAGCUGAUGCCAAGAUGCGGGUAUUUGAGCGCUGUGUUUAUUUUGGUGAUUCGUGCCAAGAUGUUCUGAGCACUUUGGGGUCUCCUCACAAAGUUUUCUACAAGUCAGAAGAUAAGGUUGGACUACAAUAACAAGUUAACACAGAUUAUCUCUGUGUUAGGCUACUAAAAUUAAUUUUUCAAUAUCCCUACAGGCUUGGAAGUUCUUUAAUAAAUGUUAAGCUUCUAACUGCCCUGUGGCUUCAGUUUUAGGACAGAGUCUUGUCUUCUCAUCCUGCCUCACCCCAGUUUUUACUAACAGUAUUUUAUUUAUUUAUUUAGUAGAUUAGAUGGUAAACUGAUGUCUGGAUUGCACUGUUCAGAUUAUGCAGGAUGAUGGAAGGUUCCAUCAUAACAGAUUCCCACCUACAGAAAACUAGUAUGUCAGGAAAAGGCUAGAGUAGAAGCAGUUUCCCUGACAAUCUACUUUUUUGUGCAGGGAUUUCUCCCCCCCCCCCCCAAUGUUCUGGUAUGCAGGAGCCAUGUUGAGUCCCCAUCCAAUUUCCCCAAGGUACCAAUGUGCAGGAAAAAUAAGAAGGGAGGGGAAGAAUACAGGGAUCUCCACAAAUGCACUCAGGUGAUGCAAGUUAGUGUUCACUGAAUGUGCCCAAAAUGCCCAGUAAUCAAGGGCAAUAAUGGUUGUUGGACCAGAACAAAUUUCUCAUUUCUGCCAUAGAGGUAACAUAGUCCAUUCAAACCAGAGGAGCAUAUUGAUGAAACUAGACGAUCUACUUGUCUCCUUAUUUCCAAAAGCUGAAGUGUAGAUUUGUUUUGUUUGUUUUUUAAAGAUGAAAAUUCAUUCACCCUCGCCUCACAAGCAGGUUCCUUCAAAGUGCAAUGACUACUUCUUCAACUACUUCACACUUGGAGUGGUAAGUUGCAAACAUUGAAAACAAGGGGUCUCUUUUUUCUUUUUCUAUUUUGCUUCCAUCUGUGCACAACUUUCAUAAUGCCUGUACCAUGUUAAUCAGUUAAUGCAGGAAUCAAUGUUGUCCAAAUCCUUCAGAGCUCCUUUGCUGAGAAAUUUGAAAAUUAUCUUCCUGUCUUUGUCAGUUUGAUUAGUGACACAUUAACACAAUUAGUAUCUCAUGGGGCCCAUUCUAUGUAUUUGAUAUUCAGCAUUUGCAACAUCAAAACAUAAUCCUUCAGACUCAAAAAAUUUUCUGGAGAAAGGGCAGUGCCACUGCCUGUCAUCUUAAACACAAAUGGGAGAAGGCAGAGAAAAUUUUCUCCAAUUACCGUAUUUUUUGCUCUAUAAGACUCACUUUUCCCCUCCAAAAUAGUAAGGGGAAAUGUGUGUGUGUCUUAUGGAAUGAAUGCAGGCUGUGCAGCUAUCCCAGAAGCCAGAACAGCAAGAGGGAUUGCUGCUUUCACUGUGCAGCGAUCCCUCUUGCUGUUCUGGCUUCUGAGAUUCAGAAUAUUUUUUUUCUUGUUUUCCUCCUCCAAAAGCUAGGUGCGUCUUGUGGUCUGGUGCGUCUUACAGAGCGAAAAAUACGGUAGUAAGGGCAGGUCCCAGGAACUUGGAGGUCUUAGCUUUCACGGUGAUUUUUGCAUAAUAUUAUAUCCUCUUGCUACCAAAUAAGAAAACAUCUUGAAAUCAUUGCUUUCUGAGCCCACCUGCAUACAUUUCAAAAAGCCCUGUCCAGGACUUUCUGUUCAUUUAUGGGAAGCUGUUUAAUCAUUUCAACUUUGUGUGGCUCAUUGUUUUUCCUUUCUCAAUUUCACCCACAGGAUAUCCUUUUUGAUGCAAAUACUCACAAAGUGAAGAAAUUUGUUCUACAUACUAACUACCCUGGUCAUUACAACUUCAAUAUGUGAGUAGAAAGAGCUGUAUUGCCCAAACCUCCGUUGCAAUUUGGAAGGCAAAGGGAAGGGAGCAUCAAGGAGAAGGCAAAGAAACCGGUACCAUGCUGAAUCCCCACCAGCAGUGCCUAAGCUCUUUCUGGUUUCUAAGCCUUCAUCAGAUGUUACUCACAUUUCCACAACCUUUUCUGGUUAGAAUCUUCUUUAAAACAAACAUGAAUUUCUCUGUAUUUUAAAUUCCCUGCAAUAUACUGGAUUCUUCUCUUUGGUUUCUGCGUUGUCACUUCUCGACUACAGUAGUUGACUGUUGCAGAGCCUGGGACUAAUGGGUAUCAAGAACCUCUUUUCCCUGUGCAAGAUGUGUUGCUGUAAUUUGUCAAAACCCAGUUUUUUAGGAGAUCAGUGAAGGUAGUGUGUGGAAGUAACACUCUGCUCAUUCAUAAGACUAGAUUUCCCAUCUUAUGUCCCCAAAGAGGAAACUUAACUCAUCCCCCGCCUCAAAAAAUCCACCCAUAAUUCAUGCCUGAUUUUUAAGAUUUCUGCAUGGGAACCUGUGAAAACCUAAUUAACUUAUAUUAUUAUAUUAUAUUAUAUUAUAUUAUAUUAUAUUAUAUUAUAUUAUAUUAUAUUAUAUUAUAUUAUAUUAUAUUAUAUUAUAUUAUAUUAUAUUUUUAUUCAUAUUAUAUGCCACUUAACACUGUAUUUUCUAAGCAGUGUACAUUGGGAUUACAAAAGAGAUACAAAGGAUAAAGUCAAUUAAAAUUAACCAUAGAAUCAGAAAAGCUUACUUAAAAUGCCUCCUGAAAUCAAAAGUCUUCACCAAACACCUAAAGUUCCACAGAGAGGGGACCUGUUUGAUCUGACCUGCGAGGGAGUCCUGCAGAAGUAGGCCCACAAUACUGAAUGCAUGGCUCCUAGUGGUAGAAGCAAACUGUGCUUCUGUGUCAUGGGCACCACUAGCAAUUACUUGUUUGGGGUAGGGUGCUUAACAUUUGGGUGGGAGGUUGUCUAUAACUCAGGAAACGUACAUGCUUUGAAUGCAGGUCAUCAUGGUUUCAGUCCCCGGUGCCUCCAGUUUUUAAAAAAAAAUCACAUAGCAACAAGUGAUAUGGAAGACUCUCUGCCUAAGAUCCUGAAAAGCUGCUGCCAGAGUAAACAAUACUAGAAUAGAUUAAAAAAUAGUUAAGACCUGGUGUCAGGAAGCUUUCAGUGUUCUGCAUAUUUGCUGUGGUAUCUGGCAGCACUCUGGUUGCCUCCAAUUAGGCAGCAUAAUUUCAUGCCAAACUGGUAUGGCUGGCAGAAAGCUAUGGUAAACAUUCAAGCAAGUACCGUAUUUUUCGCCCUAUAGGACGCACCUGCCCAUAGGACGCACCUAGUUUUCAGGGGGGGAAAUCAAGUAAAAAAAUAUGAUUUCCCCCCCGCAGCUCUGGGAGCAGUGGACAGGCUGCACGCAGCCUGUGCGCUACUCCAAGACCUUCUCCCUGCUUUUGUGGGAGGUGGCGGAAUUCCCCCACCUCCCGCAAAAGCCCACAGGAGCCCAACGUGACUCCUGCGGGCUUUUCGACCAGGAGGGAGAAGGGACUGAAAUGGCCAGUCAGUCCCUUCUCCCUCCUCGAGGAAAAGCCCCCAAGAGCGGCGCGCUCUUUAAAGGGUGCGCGGCUCCUGCGGGCUUUUCUAGGAGGUGGGGGAAUUCCCCCCCCCUCGUAGAAAAGCCAGCAGAAGCCGCGGAGCCCCUUUAAAGAGCGCACGGCUUUUGCCUGCUUUUGCGGGAGGUGGGGGAAUUCCCCCAUCUCCUGCAAAAGCCCACAGGAGGGUUGGAGAGUAGCGGGAAGGCGUCGUGCGCCUUCCUGCUGCCCCCCAUCCUCUGGAGCUGGCGAUGGGGGAAGCGCUGCUUUCCCCACCGCCAGCCUCAAAGAGCAGACUCUCCUGGCUUCAGCGGAAGCAACGUGAAGCCUCCGGAGCGCAGGCUUCGGAGGCUUCGCGUUGCUAUCGCUGAAGCCAAGGAGCCUGCAUUCGCCCCAUAAGACGCACACACAUUUCCCCUUCAUUUUUGGAGAGGGAAAAGUGCGUCUUAUAGGGCGAAAAAUACGGUACUAGACUGUACAAGAGUGGAGAAUAUAUCUGUGACCAGGUCAGGUUACCAACUUCUAUUAUAUGCAAUUAUAUUGUGCUUCAUUUAGAAUGGGCUACUUUUGAAAUAGUAAACCUCAUUUACGCUUGUCCUUUCUCGCAAUAACUCUGCAAUUUAAAUAUUUCAGUUACCAUCGUUGUGAAUUCAAGAUUCCACUAGCGAUUAAACGAGGUAAGAAAGAGGUGCCUGAAGUAACCUGAAAGUUAAAAGACUUAAUAGGAGUGGGUGAAGGUGUUAAACACACGCUAGUGGUCAAAAUUAAUAUGCUAAGCAGUCAGAGUGAGAACAGGACCAAAGUUGCACAAUGUCAGAUAAUUAGGACGGCAGAUUCAGGUUCUCCCACACUGUGGGUGUGUUAACAAAGAAACAAUUUAUGGAGAGGAAAACUGAGCAGCAGCACUUCCGAGAGAUGUCAGCACUGCCCAGCGUUCACACCCCAAAGUGUUAUUGUAAUACAAGAGAAAAUAUUUAUCUGUUCUUAAUGUGACAUACUUACAGGAUGCCAGUGCAACUCAGUGGACAAGAAUACUUGGUCUGGGUUGAAGUGCUGACUGAGCUUUGGACACAUCACAGUUUUUCCCUGUUGAGGCCCUUUAACGUGCAAGAGUUUGUGAUAACUUACCUUGACGGGUUGUUGGGAGUAUGAACAGGAAGGAAACCUCAUUCAUGUAGGGGUGGUUAGAACAGGACGUAAUUGGGAUUUGUAUUGUAGGUGAAGUAAAUCUCAGUUCAAAAUCUGGAAACAUUCAAAGGUCUUGGAACCAGAAUGAUGUAAGGGUGAUUCAGGAAGCUCUUUUGUACAGAUGUUAUAUUAUUUAUUUUCUGGGGGGCAAUCAGUGGCACAAACCAGCAAAUGCAAGGGUUUUUUUCCUUCAAGAAUAAUAAUGAUUAUUAUAUAAUAAUAAAAUAUAAAUAAAAAUUAUAAUACUAUAAUUUCACUCUUGGCUCCUAACUUAAAGAAAUGAACCUGUUGUCAAAACAUUUCCCAGGCAACCUUAGUUAGCACUAGGAAGGAGAGACAGUUGGCUGAUCUCAUGCCUGAUAACUUUCCUUUCCUAAAAUUCUCAAAUGCUAUUUCAAACUAUCUCAUUGUGGAUAUAUUUAUUAAUCAGCUUCAUAUUUCAAAGGAGUUUUCAUGAAAAUUAUAAAAUAUAUCAUGAUCAUGAAGGCAGAAUAGCUCUAAUUGCCUCCAGGCUUUGAUGUGGAGUCCUCCUUGGAGAUCUGCAGAGGAGCCUUGUCAUUGCUUUCCAAGAGAACAAAUCUCAGUCAGUUUUUCUGUACUUGGUGCUUGUCAUGAUUUGUGUAUAUGUGUUACCAGUAGUUUCUGGGGAAACAAGGGCAGGGAGAGUUUUGCCUAUGGCUGGCAACAUUUUGAUCUCCUCAUUCAAGUUCAGAAUCGGGCUGGCAUGUUAGACACCCUUAGAUGAGUUGCUUGUCCCAAUUCGCCUUGGCUUUCAUUGGCUUUUAUUUUGGCUGAGGUCAGCCCCCAAUUACUUUCCUUAAACAAAGGAAAUAAAGACAUAAAGCAAAUUAACAGUACCUGUUAAAAGAAGUAGAAGCAAAUGUCAGGUUUUGGAGGCAACUUGACUGUGUAGACACAAGGCAAGUUCUUCAAACCCCAUGUCUUUGGAUGACUUUUGAUAAUAUCUGACUGCAGACAAAGAUUAAGAUGUCAGUAGACACUGACUUGGCAGGUGGCCAGCAUGCCAACCUUAGCCUGUUUUGGUACCAAGCAAAAACCUGAACAUUUAUCUCAGGAGUAAUGCGAUAACAUGGAGUUGACACCUUUUAAGCGUAGCAUUUGGUCUGUUUACACUGUGGAUAUGUGUUCAUAUGGAUAAUAUGAAACUGGUGAUCACAGAUACAGUUGGCACUGCAAGGAAAGGAGCCUCUGACAGCUGUAUUCUUAGUCACCUGUUAACAUCUGUGAGCACACACCCCAGGUUGAUGGGAAAUCUAAGUGUAUGAACAGCCAGUUGCAACACAGCUCUUGAUAUUCUUGUCUAUAUAAAAAUGUAACAUCUCCAGCAUCAAGUCUUAAAACUGAAGGGCCUUAAGAAGGCCAGACUUGCCCACUUCCAACUGUUCCUUCCCUGGAGGUGAUUAAUUCUGCCCUGUUGGGUGUGCUUGAAUUCUCCAGUAUUUCUUUCAUGCAAACAGUCAGAAGUUUGGGCUGUCCUCAGAGCAGGCUGUUGGUUGAGUCACUGAGCAACAACUGAUGGCGUGGCUCCUUUCCAAUGAGGAGGCAUGCCCAGAACAGCAGUUCACAAAGAAACAAAGGAAGGGGGCUCACCUGGGGAUGAGUAAUUCUUACUCUUAGAAACCCUAAAAGUAAAUAGUGUGGCGGUGAGGGGGGUGGCGGUAGAAGAGUGAAGCAUGCGUCUUGUUGAAAUAGAAGUUUAGAAAAUAUUAAUAUGCCAGGACUCUUGGAAUUAGCUUUCAGUGUCGCAUCCAUGUUGCUUCCAUGUACUGAAUAGUACCUAACAGGCUGUUGGUGCAGAAGGGCAUUAGGAAGAGGAGGAGUGGGAUCUUCUGCUGAAAUGUCACUUUAUAGGUCAUUUUCUCUGUUCUUUCUCCGAACAGAUAGCACCGAUUCACAGACAGAAACCUGCACAACCUAUAGCAAGGUAAAUCGAACUCCCAGUCAUGCUUGCUAGAACAGCCCUUUAACUUCAGCAGUGGCACCUUAUUUGCACAGGGCUAAGAAAGGGUAUGCUGGAGCACUGUGCUAAGGUGGCCUCUUUCAGGAGGUGAUUGGGGUCAGUGGCUGGGAGUCAUCCCAGAAAUGGACCCACUCCAGGCAUUUGCAGAUUUAACCUUCCAACUAGGUGGAAUGGAGCUCAAAGCAGGAUGCUGGAGAUAAAAUUGGGCAAGCAGGAUGAUAUGAGGAAAGACAAUGCUUGAAAUACCAUGGUUCCAAAUCCAAAUUUACUGUUGUAGCAAACCACAAGUUAGCACCUGAAUUCUAGAGGUAAAAUACACAUAGCCAACCUUUGCUACCUUAAAUUUUUUUAAAAUUGCAUUUUAUUAUAAGUACAGAAGCAUACAACAUUAAACCAAAAUGAGAGAACUGCCCCCCCCCCCAAAAAAACCCUCAUGGUGUCCCUGGGCUUGGUAUAUAGUGUAUAACAAAGCAACAUUCCCACUAAAGUCCAAUAUAUCAGGCUGUCUGUAUAUCUGCAACAGCUGCUGACAAUUGACCCUUUAAGUUUUUACAAAAAAAAUUGUUUAAAAGUUUGCAAAUAAAGUCAUAUGUAUUAGUCCCAGCCAUCUGUGAGUGGAUUUUAGCUGAUGUUUGCUUUUUCUUAAGUGCACAUGUCAAAAACAUAGAUAUACAUGACAUGCUUCAUUCUACCACUAGGAUCCAUGCUUCAUUCUCUAAGUAAUUUUCAUAUGCUUACAGUGGGACAAUAUUCAGGACCUUCUUGGACAUCCUGUAGAGAAGCCAGUGGUACUUCACAGGUAAAUAUUUUAUUUUAUUCUGUCACUUGGAUAGGAAUCGAUUGGAUUUCAAGUGACUACAAGAAAGAGAGGCCUAAUAACUCAACAGCUUCAUUGAAUUAAAUGUGCCAUGAUUAUAGAAUCAUAAAACCAGAAACCCUUGUUUGCUUGAAGAGCUGAGUGCUGUCCCUAGAAGGGGACAUUGGUAAGACAUAAAAAAGAUUCAUUUGUCACCUUGCAAGUUGAGAGGCUGGAAAAGCAAAGAAUCUGCCUUCGUUGUAGUUACCUUGCUGAAUGUGUAAUCUUUCACAAUAGUUCCACAUUCUACUUUGCUGCAAACUCGCAAUGCUUACUAGUGGUGGAGGAAAGCAAAACAUGGUUGAGCAUUAUACCUUUGUAAUGAAAAAUUCCAUUUGAUUCCCUAAAAAGAUAGGUUUUGUUGUUUAUGCUGAUAUUGGGUGUUACAAAAAUAUUGAAUAUAAAUCUUACUGGUAUUAUUUGGUUACCUUAGCCUGAUUUUCUUUUCUUUAGAUCAUCCUCUCCAAACAACACAAAUCCAUUUGGGUCAACGUUUUGCUUUGGACUGCAGCGAAUGAUCUUUGAGGUUAGGAAAGCGUACUUAGCUAUAAGACGUGAUGGAGCACUGGAUUUAGUUGGUUUGAAAUAGUGGCUGAUCUGUGGACAUUUCUCCCAUGUUGUACUGUUGAAGCACUCUGCAUUCUUGGCUGAUGUGGUGUGGGAUACACUUAGGUCCAUUGUGUGUGGGACCAGUUCAGCAGACAAAUUUGAAGUGAAUCGCACAAUGCACAUCAUUAUCAAGUCUAGCUCAGUAGUAGGAUAAAAAGAACUUGGAUGCAAUGAUAAAAACUUAUUUUCCACACUGGGAUGGGAAACAUGAUUGACUUGUGGUUAUUCUGUGGGGGUGGGUGGAACAUAAUGGAUGGAGCCAUAGAAAAAAAGUGGGAAAAGACAUCAGUUUUCACCAUAGUGCCUCAGAUUAGAAUUUCCAAUCCUGUGCAGGUUUUUUCAGAAGUAAACCCUACUGGGUUUGAUGGCAUUACUCUCAAAUUGGCAUACCAAGGAUGUGUUUAUCUAGUAAAUUCAACAGAUGAAUACAGUUGGAAAACAAGUUUUUCUUCUUCUUUAGUGUGUGCUAUGCACAGAAGGGAAAUUUCAUUACCUUGAGCCAUAGAACGGGGGUGGUGGGUGGGAUGUGAAUCAAUUUAUUUUUAUUCAAUAAAAUAGUGCCUCUUCCAGUUCUUAAAUUAUAUAGGAAGGGCAAUUUUGGGGGACUUUUAAAAGCCAAGAGAAAAGAAGAAACAAAAAGGAAGGAGCUCUGAUGUGGUGGAAGAAUGGGGCUGCUUCAGGAGGUGGCAAGGGCUGCAUAAGGUAAGGUUAGGAGGCCCCGCUGUCUAAAUGAGCCAGUGAAAAAAAGACUAAAAGGGGGUUCAUGUUUAAAACCAGUUUCGAAUAGGCUUUUAUUUGAAUCCAUGGCUAGUCUGAGGUUUGAGUCCAGGUCGCACAGAUCAAGUCUCUGGUCCACUGGGCGGUGUUAGUUCUCCAUAUUACUGCUAACCUAUUUGGGGUUCUUUUUGCUUUUUUAAAAAUUAUUUUUAUUGAUUUUCUAAUAAAAACAGCUUCUUUUUGGAGGAAUUUGAAUUCUGUAAUCCUUCUGACGGUAAGGGCUGUCUGACAGUAUUCCUUUUUGUUUCUUUGUACAGGUGAUGCAGAAUAAUCACAUAGCUUCUGUUACUCUCUAUGGCCCAGCAAGACCCAGCAGCCAGUUGAAAAUGUCAGAUCUUCCCCAGUGAGCGAUAUCAGCUAAUCAAAAUGCUACAAAAUUAGUACAGCGUGCCUUGAUUUGCUGCCACUUAUAAUAUGGAAAAGCACGGUAUGAUGGACGUGUGUGUGUUGUGUGUGUGUGUGUGUGUUCAAAAACUGUCUUUUGCCACCUGUGCAUGGAGCAGGAUGGGAAAUCCUCUUGACUGUUCAUCACAGGGCAUGGAAAUGAGCAAUUAGGUGCCUGUCGCCGUUGAUUUUUCUCCUCUCGGUUGCCCUCAUCCUUUACCGUGUGGAUGUAAACAGACUGGUCUUUCUUUCCUGAGCUGGAAAAAGGAUGAGCUUUAAACGAGAGGGCACACAAAUGACUGCACGACUUAGAAGCACAAACUUUCUGAGCCUUGGAGCAUCUGGAAGCAGGUAUUGGAUAUAUAUUUUUCCGGUCUGUGUUUGUGUUAACUGUAAUGGUAGUCAUGUUUUUUAAAGGACAACAAUGUAUGUGUGGGUGUGUGUAUACACACACAUAGACACACCCCUUAUAUAUAGGUGUAUAUAUAAAAUAAAGUACAUGGGUAUUUCUGUGGCUAAGACAUCGUACCAAAUGUGACAAGUAUGUAUAUACGUGUCCAUAAUUUCAGGCAUCACAUGUUUGUCUGAUGUUGAAACAAGUGCAAAGCAGCAUGUGCAUAAGACUUGGUUGUAACAUUUUUGCACUACAUACACUUUAAUUACUUGAUAAUACAUUUUAAUAUUCACUGAGGAGCAUCUGUGUACUGGGUGUGAGUGGGGUACGAUGGUUUAUUUAAUUGUUUGCCACGCAUAAAGCUUAUUUAUACAGUGGGGAAGAAUCCCACCUUUUCUGCACUAAUAUUUACUUGACAUGCUGAAGCGACUUAUUUUCUGCCAUGCCUGGUUAACUAAUGUGUUUUUUAUAUAUACCGUGUCCAGAAGGAGAGGGGAGGAAAGUCGAGUAGAUUAUUCCUCUGAAUUAUGUCUGUCUUAAGGGUUUUGAUACCAUUUUUUCUUGUACAUAAAACAGGAGGGGGAAAGUAUUUGGUCCUGUAAGAGUAAACACAGUUGUCUCGUCUUGCAAUUGUGUGACAAGCAUCAAUUUAGGAUUUCUUACUUCCUCUUCCUUGUCCUGUAGAGUAGGGGUAGGAGAAGAACUGGGGUGCAGCACAGAGAACUGCUCCCACCCAAGUCUCAUCAAAAUGAAAUUAAAGUUGUGCAGCCUUAAUGCAAGAGAAGUUUCCCAAGAGGCUUCCAUGGGACACGAUCCUGGCAGAUUGCGCUCUGAGUGAUUACGUACAUAGCACAUUGGAGAGGGGAGGAAUUGCCUCUCUUUCCACCCCUCCCAUCUCUCUCUCAUCUUCUUUUUAAAUUUAAUGCCAAAAUGUUAGCCAAAGAGAUCCUUAAUAUUGAUUCAGCAUUUCUGUACAUACAUAGUUCUGCACACUCUGCCCCUCCACCCCCAGCAGACAGGAGAUCAGCAGCUUCCAGUUAGAGACUCUGCAGUCAUUCUCUCAAGUGGAUCUGGGGUUUGCAGCUCUCUUACCAGUCUUAUUGUGGGGAAAGUAGAUAGUCUCUGUCUGUCUCGGUCAUCUUUGAAAUAUUGACCCUUUUUAAAAUGAGAGAGAAAGAGAGAGAAAAGAGAAAUGUAUCAUUUUAUCCCAUUUUUAAUAUUUUGGUGUAGCAACUUGUGAUAUAUAGACGAUUUUUUGUGGGUUUUGCAAAUGCGUGUACAGAUUUUGUAAAUACGAAACCUUUUGUAAUUUUAACGCCAUGUACAGUGUAAUCCUGUAUAGUUUACCAACGAAUGGGAAAUAGGGAAUUUUAGGAUGUUUAACUAAACGUUUUGGAUCCUGGACCAGUAGCAGGGAUAAGUGUGUGUGUGCGUGUUGCGUAUAUUUGUGGGUAUGGGUGAUCUCCUUUUCGCCAUUUAGUCUUCCUGUAUACUGUGACAUUCUAUACUGUUUUACUUAAAAAGAAAUAAAGGAAGCCCCACUGAGAAUUUAAUGGAUAACAGGAAAACAGAUUUUUGUUUUACCUUUAUUUCUAGAUGUUGCUCUUCUUCAUAAUGUACUGUUUCCCCCCACCCAUGAUCAUUGCUUGCUGAGAAAAUCCCCCAAUUCUUUCCUUUCUAACAUGAAUUCUGUUUUUCAUAAGCCUCUUGUAAAUUAUAUGAAAUGAAUAACUAGCAUGUACAUUGAAAGGACAAAUAAAAUGAGUCUCAGUUACUGUGUUGUUUAAAUACAGUUGCUGAGUGUCUGUAUUUUGCAAUU